GUCGCGGCGCUUCCUCCGCCUUGCCCUCCCCAACUCCUUUAAGGAAGGCUCCGCGAGAUCAACAAGCAACAGCUGAGGCGGCGCGCGCGCAAGCGAGAGAGAGAGAGCGCACGCGCCCCCCUCUCUUUCCUUCCGCCCCCCUCCCGACCCCUCCCCCUCACGGCCGUUUCCUCACGGAGCCGCCGCCGCCGCCAGCGGUGGCUCCCGCGCGUGCGAGCGCGGCCCCGCGUCCGUCCGUUCGUUUCCCCUGCCGUCCGUCGUCCGUCCCUCCGCCCCGCCCAGUGGCAGGAUCGAUUCCCGGGGCAGGGCCGGGGCCGGGCCGGGCUGGCGUAAGAUGGAGGGUCUGACGCUGAGCGAGACCGAGCAGCGCUACUACUGCGACCUCUUCUCGUACUGCGACACCGAGAGCACCAAGAAAGUGGCGUCCAACGGGAGGGUCCUCGAGCUCUUCCGCGCCGCGCAGCUGCCCAGCGAGGUGGUCCUGCAGGUAAACGCGCCGCCGUUGCCGCCUCUCCCUCCCGAGACCCCCUCGAUCCCAGGGGCAGCAGGCUCCGCACUCAAGGGGGCGGCGAAGGGGGUGGGUGGGGGUGGAGAACGAGGUACGUGCCCAGCUCCCCCCACACCCCCGACACGCUCCUUCCCCACCCUUCCCACGUUCACACGCCCACCUUGGGCCCCCUACUCGGGGGUGGCUGCGGAGCAUUUCCUGCCCCGCGAUGGGUUGAGCUGAGGGUAUUGGCUAUGGCGGAAUACGAGGGAAUGUUUUUUUAAAAAAACAAGGGGCAUGCAGAAAAACGUGGUGUGGUGGGGGCUUAGAUAGACUCUGGCACCCCCGGAUGCAGGGGAUGUUCCCCUUGGAGUAUUCCUUAUUUCACUUAUUACAACGCAUAGCAUAGUUAUGUACAUAACACAGUGUGUCCAAGAGGGUUUUGUCAAUGGGGGGUGUGUGUGUGUGUGUGUGUGUAUAUAUAUAUAUAUAUAUAUACACACACACACACACACACACACGUGCGCGUAUACAUAUGUGUGUGUAUAUAUAUAUAUAUAUAUCCCAUAUUUUAAAAUAGCAACAGGGAAAAUGAUUGGUAAAACUUGAAAAGUGCAAGGUAUGUGAUUGCUGCUUGGUUUGUUCUUGGGGAAUUUAGAUUCCUGCACUGCAGUGGGUGGACUAGAUGGCCCUUGUGGUCCCUUCCAGCUCUACAAUUCUAGGUAGUUUGGGGACUGCACAGGAAACAACCUUGUUUGUAUAUCUUGGGAGGAAGUAUUGAAGUGACCCUGGCCUGAAGAAAGUAUGGAAAUUUGCUUUUACGUACAUGUGCUACUAGGUCAAUUUAAUAUUAUUACUGUACUGCCCAAUUUGGACAACACUAAUUUUGUUAUAUCAGUUCUCUGAAUUGCAGAGCCUUGACACUUUGCUGUUGUGAAAUUAAGUUUAGUGCAGCAGUUCUGUUUCCUGUUUUCUAGGAGCUUCCCUGAUGGCCCAAAGAACUGUGUGGUGCAUGCUGAACUAUAGCUGCUUCUUAUUUUCACUUAUGUGACUGAUUCACUUUAAUGACUUGGACCAGAGUGCUCAGUUGCAAUAGCCGCUGUGGUUUCAUGGUUAGAGGGUUGGACUAUGGCCUAUGAGCCCAGGGUUCGAAACCCCACUUGGCCCUGAAGCUCACAGGGUGACCUUGGGCCAGCCACUUUCUUUCAGCCUAACCUAUCUCACACAGUUGUUAGGAUAAAAUGUGGAAGGGAAAGCCAUGUACACCAACUCGAGCUCCUUAAAAAAAAGGAUGAUGUAGGAAAUAAAUAAUAAGAAUCAUAAUAUAAGUUAUUGGGGUAGUCCAUGACUUACAUAAGUGUCCAGACACAGAAAUGUGUGACUUGGUUACCAUGCUAAUAUUAGACACUAAAUUGCAACAAGCAGGUUAUUCUGAGACACUGGCCCCUCUCAAAUGUUUCAGUUUGUCAUUAAUUUGCAAUACACAUGUUAACAGACAUUUAGUAAAGUUCUUUAAAAGUAUAGAUUUAAAAUGUGCGCAUGUAGCGGCAGGGUUCUCAUGAGGAAUACUGAGUUCUAGCUGGGAAGUAAUGGCUGUGUCACAUUGUUUGAGUAUCGUUAAGUCUGCCCUGUGUAUUACAAAGCUGUUGGCAAAAGCACAUACAGAGAAGCUAUCAUGUUUGUAGUGCUCCAGCUUGUAAAAUAUGGAGAAGGCCUUGAAGCCUGACGUAAUUGGAGUUCAUCUAAUAGAUAGCUUAUCUGGCAAACUAUUGCCUGUUUGUCUCUGGACACAGAUGCUAUGUCCAAAGGGAGUCAGUCUUUAGUUACAGUUGAAUGAGACCCACAACUACUAUAGUCUGCAAAAUGAGUACACUUGUGUAUAAUCUUCGUAUAAAGCACUUCACGUUCAUUAGGAGCAUUAAGUGCUUUGCUGUCUGGCUAAAAACAAUAUGCUGGAGGUGGAAUUAAAAAUCUUUAUAUUAUUAAAACUAGCAGCACCCACUUGGCAUGUUCAUCACUGUUCUUUAUAAGCUUUCAUUUGUCAGUGUCUUGAAAUGACAAUUGUCAACAUGGUCUAUGGAGAGGUUUUACUAGAAUAACUACUUUAGAUCAUACUGCUAACACCAUCUCCUAUGUUUCCUGAUAAUGAUAAAACUGUUCACCCAGUGCUCCCAGCUGCCACACUGCUCUAUGGAGCCUUAAAAGUUAAUAUUUCUGUGAUGCACUACUCGAACAUUAGAGAAUCUUGGUCUGGAUAGACAUAAAAAGAAAUUCAUGGGUCCGUAGAGGAUGUAACUCCAUGCUGUACAUCUUACAACACAAUCCUAAGCAUAUUUACUAGAAAGAAAAUUCCACUGACAUAAAUAGGUCUUAUUUCAAAGCAUGUGUACAUAGGAUUGCAGCCUUGGCAAAACUGGCGACUUUAAGGUCUCUAUGUCAGAUUAAACUUGGUUUCCAGUAUCUGACCAAGUAUCCCUGUAUCUCUCCUUUCUCUGGUUUAAAAAAAAUAAGACAAGGAAUAGCUAACAUGGAAUGCUAGAAACAUCCUAUCAGUUUAACCAUGUGUACAAAAAAGUAACUACUUUGCAAUGUAUACACAUAUAUGAACAUUCUUGUAUUAGAGCUGUGCAUUUACAGCAAAACUUACACUGCCAUCAAUUUCACACAGUGUAUAUGCAGCUUAAAACCUGUUGUAAAAGGUCAUAUGUGCAGUGACCCUUAAAAGUGUGUGGAGGGUAAUAACCUUGUCUUAUAGGAAACAGAAGUGGAACAUCAUAGGAUGAUUUGUGUGCCCGGCAACAGGAUUGCAUCAGCAGUUGUACUAGUUUUAAGUCAAGACAUUCUGGUUCAGCCUCUCUGCAGUCUGGUGUUUGUUGUGAAGCUCAUCUGAGUAGAAUAACAAAUUAAACAGCUAAUAUCCAACUGCCCCGCCAAUUUUAGCAGGCCCAAGUGCUGCCUUAGUGACUCUAACUGUGAGGAUUCGUGUCCUAACCUAACUGGCUGAUAACUUUAGUCUAUCUGUAUUUCUUUAUAUUUUUCUCUGAAUAGCAAAUGCUGUUUUACAUUUUGCUGUUAAAUGCAGGUGUUUGUUCCAUUGUUUGUAUUUUUGUUGUUGGUUAAGCUAUUUUAAAUGUUAAGUGAUUUUAAAAUGUUGUUAAAUAAAUAAACAAAAUGUUCAGUUAUCUGUCAGGAUCAAGCUUCAAAGGAGGAAGCCCGUUAUCAGUAAAAAUGUAAAUCAAGUUAAGCUGAGAGACAAUACGAUAUACGAUAUCUUUAUUGUCAUUGUCCCAUGCAGAACAAUGAAAUUGAAAAACUACAUAAAACUACAUAAAAACUACAUAAAACUACUACAAAACUACAUAAAACAUUCAAAAACCUCUGCAAAGCAGCAUAAGAAUAAGAUAAUCUAGGAAAACUUCGGCCAUGAUUCUGUUUCAACAGGAGUUGUAGGAAGAUGGUAGGUAAGGAAGUUAAGAAAAUAAGCGGAAUCCUGCUGGAUCGGGCCAAAGGAGAGGGGAUUAAAAACCUACUUACGCUGCUACUCUGGGCUUUGAUCAGGCAGUUGAGCACAUUCCCAUAGAGCGCAAGAGCUGGUUGUGUCUGCAAUUCCUUGACAUGUAACAGUGAAUUGUAAAUAACUAGAAAAGAAAUACCAAAUACUACGUAUUUUUAAAUGAGUACAAAUAAGUUCUGAAUUUCAGUAAGUUCAGUAAGCAAGCUCUUCCUUAAUUUUUAACUUUUGAACCAGCUUAUCUUUGACAGUAUUUUUAGAAAACUAUGUUACUUGUAGAAAGGUGGAAUGCAGGUACAUCUGGUGCAGCAAGUUUGUUUUGUUUUUAAAGGUGGGUCAUGUUUAGCUGCUAUUCAUUGAACUGGAACGUUGAUCCAUAUGUAAAUGUAUGUGGGUUAUCUGCUAUUGUAAGCAAUAGUUCAAGCAUUAUACUAAUUCAAGCGACUCAAUUAAGAAUUUUUUUAAAAGUCUAGAAAACAUUUGCAUUAUAGAGGAUGGCUGUUAGCAUGCAUGCUUAACACACCUACAAAACAAAAUCCAGAAUGUGGAAAACCAAGUUGUCUCAAAGUUUAUUCCCUUAAAGGAACUAGGAUUACCAUAACUAAUGGACACUAGACCUGGGCAAUUUUUCAAUAUAUCAUUCAGAAUCGGUUAUGAAGUCCACAUAACGAUAACAGUUUCAUAAAAUGUUAUCUGGCAAACAUUGCAAUUUUGAGAAAACCGUGUAGGCAGCCAGGGCUUCUUAGUGCUUCCGCUGCCUCCUUCAGCAACUCACAAGAGCAUCUGUAGCAGUCACUAUGUUUCUUUCCGCUGCCUCUGCAAAAGCAGGUGACUACAGUGGUACCUCGGGUUAAGAACUUAAUUCGUUCUGAAGGUCCGUUCUUAACCUGAAACUGUUCUUAACCUGAAGCACCACUUUAGAUAAUGGGGCCUUGCGCUGCCGCCGUGUGAUUUCUGUUCUUAUCUUGAAGCAGAGUUCUUAACCCGAGGUACCAUUUCUGGGUUAGUGGAGUCUGUAACCUGAAGUGUCUGUAACCCAAGGUACCACUAUGUUACGAACGUAGCUGGGAAAGCAGCAGCCAGCCAGCAGCAGAAACUUAAAAGACUGGCCAUUAGCUUCUGCUUGCUUAAAGUAGGCUAGUAGCCAGCUUGUCAGGCUGGUAGGUGUGCUUUACAGAGAUGUUGGUCUGAGAUGGCUCAGGGCUUCUUACUGGGAGCUCCCUUUCCCCUUUGCCCCUUCCCUACCCCCAUGAAAGAAAAAACGGGGGUUAUUUUCUUCAGCAUAAGAACAAAAAAUAUUGUCUUGUUAUUUAACUCUUUUUUCUUUACUCCAGUCUUCCCUUCUGCCUGUGUAUAUGUGUGGGGGGGGGAUCGCUUCUCUCUCUCCUGCCUGUCCUCCUUCCUUUUGAUAAAAAGGGAGAGGUUGGUGGGAUGGGGCAUUUUGGGGGGCCGGCUUCUGUGUCAUAAUAGGGAGAAAUAAAGGGGGGAAGAUUUAACAGUUGCUGCCUUAUGCUGAAAUGGGAGAUUGGGUGGUUGUUGUGAGGUGAGAGUGAUGGGUGCUUGUCAUUAAGCAGUGCAAGCAAAUGCCUGUCUACUCAGAAGUAAGCCCUACUGAAUUCAGUGGGGCUUAUUCCCAGGAAAGUAGAAGUAGGUUUAGUUGAACUGAGUGGGGCUUGCUUACUCAUGCAUAAACUUGCAGUUGGCCCUCUGAGUGGAGGAAAUGCAACUUGACAUUAGUAUAUUACAUAAAUUACUCUUAAAUUAGUAGAAAACAGAUUAAAUUGUUAAUCAUAUGCAAGUUUAAUUAAUAUUUUUACUAAACCUACUACUUUUGUAAAUUUUAAAUUUGCCCCUAAAACUGCAUAGAACAUUAAUAUAUUCUCCAGAAAUAUUUCAUGGUUUAGUUGAAGCAUGCCAUCAUUGAGUUAAUUUUCAUAUAAUUAUAUAUAUCAAAUUUAUUUUUGUUGUUGUUUUCUCAUAUUUGUAUUGUCUGUGACUCACCACUGUAUUUUGGAUUGGCCUGGACUUGAAUACCACCAUUUGGCAUCCAAGCUCAAAACCAAAGUCUUGUUUGGAUGCAUUUUGGCUUGCCUGCUGAUGAAAGCGAUGGUUUCAUCAGUAUGUGGUGAUUUAGACCUGUAACUUAGUAGCAGUUGCCAGGACAUAACCAUGUUCGCCUCUACGUAGCUCCAUCUUAUUUCAGAUAUCGUGAUAUAUUGGUAUAUCACAAUGUUAGCUGAUGAUAUAUUGCAAUAUUAAAAACCAAAUAUUGCCCAGCCCUAAUGGACACCAUAGAUGGCACCUGUCAUGCUUUAUCUGUGUCCUGCUGGGAUAUUGCUAAGGCUGUCAAAAUAACAGGGGAAUGUACUGUAAUACCUUUCACAGAACAACAUGCUCAUUGUGUUUGUAGAAAACUAUGGGAGGUAUCUAGUUGGUAGUGUAUUGAUAGAAUGUAUCCAUCUGCAGAAGAAGGCACACACACACACCCAAAUAGCCUUCCAAAAUCUGCUCUCACAGUGCAGCUUUCAGUCAGCAAAUAUUGGGGAAAGUUGUGACUGGUUGGUUGCUCAUUCUUGGUUGUUUCUCCUGUCAAAUCCAAUAAAACCAGAUCCUACAUAUGUCCUUCCAGUGUUAUUAUACAAGUACACUUGCUCAUAGCAUCAAUAAAGAUUGAUAUAGGUGCUAGUGCUAGUAGUAGAAUAAAAUUAGUUGUAGGUUUACAGUCAUACCUUGGAAGUCGAAUGGAAUCCGUUCCGGAAGUCCUUCCAAAAUGUUCGGAAACCAAAGUGUGUCUUCCGAUUGGCUGCAGGAAGCUCCUGCAGCCAAUAGGAAGCCAUGCCAGAUGUUCGGCUUCCAAAAAUCAUUCAUACACCAGAACACUCACUUCUGGAAUUUGAUCAUUCAGGAUCCGAUUUGUUCAGGAGCCAAGGCGUUCGGGAGCCAAGGUAGACUGUAUUUUAAUUUACUGCUCUAUGGUUGGUAGAGAAGGCAGUAUUCAGAGGUACAGUUAUGGUUGUGGAACUUCUAGGAUCCUAAUGCUAUUUCAGUUCUAGAGAGUGUGUGUGGUACACAGACCCAUGACAGUCUCAAAAAAUCCUUUAAUUCAGGCCACAGCAUACACUUAACUAAUUUGCAUGGUUACUGUUGCACACAAUAGCUUUGUGAAGUGUAAGUUUUGAAGUAUAAACUAUAGUUUGUGUAUGUGACAAUGUAAUAAAAUACAUGUGCGUGUAUUUUAUUGUGCGUGUUGUCAAAAAUACAUCUUCCCAUUUACACUGUGGCAUGUUAUGUAGGUACAACAAAUGGUAAUUGGGUGGCAUUUUUAACGUGUGGUUUUUUUUAAAAAAAAUCAGUCUUCUAACAUUGUGUCUGGGACACCAUUUUUCUGUCAUAUUGCAUUAAAUUUAACUUUUUUGUACCUUCCAUAGCAGGGGUUUUGUUAGUUAUGUUUAUAUUAAACAGACAAUGGCUACAGUCACAUAUAAUGAUGCCAGCAAACUAUGAGUUGCAUGCUGGUGCAGACAGCUUAAGCAGUCCCUGAUUUGCUCCUUCAUCUCUAGCAGUGAAGGGCUGCUUGAGUUGUGCGUACAGCCUAAUUUAAUUCACUAUGAUUUGUUGGCAACAUUUUGUAUGCCUUAUGACCCUUUCAUUUCAAUAUUCCAGUGGGGCAGCUCAGCACUGAGAACACUCUACAGUAUAUAACUAAUUUGAGUUGAUGCUGACUUUUUAAGAGCCGCAUCAAGCUACAUUUGUCCCUAGCAAACAUCAUUAUGCUACAUACAGACACACUUAACAUUGUAAAUAAAAAAUAACUCUUCCUCCCCCACAUUUUUUAAAAAAUAAAAGCAGAAUUGAUUCUUAGGAGUUGAACUUUGCACAAGUCAUACUUUGAUUACAAUUGGGUAGAGCAGUAAGAUAAAUUUGUUCUGAGGAGCAGUUAUGGGUUGCUGACUGAAACAAAUAUUCAUAUUGGUUUCGGGAUAGUGUCAGGAAGGGGGAAAAACAAGAUUUAAGAGGAAUAUGUGAACAAGGACAUGAAAAGCUAGGUGUUCAGUUUAAUUUAAAUAUUGGCCACAGAUUGCGAUUAAAAUGCAAUAAUACAGUACAUCAGAUGUUUAAUAAGGGAACUGGUAUUUGUUAUAGUGGGCAAGAGAGAGAUCAACCAAAAUUAUUUGCCAUUAUAGCAAACAUAGUGAAGGUAUUGAGAAUGAGACCAGUGAAAUUGAAGUGAAUCACUGCAGGAGAAUGAGAACAUUUUUUUCCUACCAUAGUUUAAUAGAAAACUACUGCAUUUAUGAUAUUAUAGCAUAGUAUUUAUUGGCAAGCAUAUAUAGAGUACAGUGAACUAAUGUUUCUACUUCACCAAAUUUAUUAUAUUCAUUUUGCUGGAUGUUUCGGUUUUCUCUAGAUCAUGGAACUUUGUGGUGCUACAAGACUUGGAUACUUUGGAAGAAGCCAAUUCUACAUUGCUUUGAAACUAGUUGCAGUGGCUCAGUCUGGGUUUCCACUGCGAAUGGAAAGCUUGAAUUCUGGUAAGCCUUCAAAUAAGUAUUGAAAUAUAAUUGACUAGGUUAUUAAAAUAUGGCUCUUGUCUGAUACUCCUCUACCAGCAUAUACCACUGACAUGAUUCCUCUGAUGUUUUCUUAUACAUCUCUUCCUUUAAAGGAAGUUUCCUCUAAUAAGAACUUUUCUUGCAUGACUGUUUUUAAUGCCGUUGCAAGCAGCUCUACUCUAAGGAUAAAAAAAUAAUAUUCCCAAAGUGGAAAAAACACCAAUGUCCCAAUCAUUGACAAUUUUGUACUUUAAAUGUCAGACUAUAUGCUUUCCUUCAAAUAAUAGUUAGGUUUUAAACCUAUGGUUAUAUUCUAGGAGGUUUAGACUUCUGAUUGAAAGUUAGAAAUGAGAAGCUCUGAGAUGGAUGUCAUCAGAAAUUUCGGCUACUUAGGUCUGCCUAUUAUUUUCACUUGAUCCAGUCUGCAGACUGUGUUAACUUAGUGUCUUUAUGUCAUGUGUAAAGGUAAAAAUGAGAUAAAGGAACUGAGGCAGAAAUAAAGUAAUGAUGGCUGACGGCCUUUAUACUCAUUUUUUGUAUCUGUUGGGACAAAAAAAAUGAACUGGGUAAUACCCAGGUUAGCACUCAUAACACACUCUUUUUUAUUGGUGUAAAAAAUGUGGCUAUUUACCAGAACAAAGAGCUUUGUGAUAGGUAGCGUUUACCAAGGGGCAUUUGUGUUUCCUCAACAACAGGACUUAAGUCUGAGUAGCUAACUGCUUUUGAAACUUGAGAAGAUGGCAAGAAGGUCUGCUAUUCUAAUAAGUUUUUUUAAAAAACCCCAGUUAGCAUAAACAAGCUCUUUUCUUUGCUUAGAAUGAUCUUUUUAAAAUCCUCCGCAUGAGGAAUAGUAUGCUUUUACAACUCUGUAUCUGUUGUUUAGAGAUGUAAGUCUUCUGCUUGUCAAACAGAGUUGGCGUUCCUCUCUUGGUUACCUCACAAUUAAGUUAUUAUAGUAUUUGAUGUUGAGGUACCACAUAUUAGUAGAAGCAGGUGCUGAAAACUGCUGCCUUCUCUUAGAGAAGUUGCCCACCUUGAACCUCUUAGUGCAUUUGACCCAUAGAACUUCAAGUGGUUUGGAGCUUGACAUAUAUAAGAUGAGAUGCAAUUCAGAGCAGUACAUAACUUUUAUUUACUUCCCAUUUCAGUAAUUUCUAACUGACACUUGCUUUUCAGAACUUUCUCCACAACUUUUAAGAUAAAAUGUUUUAAGUGAAAACAAGCUGUCAGCAUUGCCAUGGUCCUGUUGAUCACAUAAAACAAGUUUUUUUUGGGGGGGGGCAGCUUCAGGUUGUAUGCUCUCAUUGCUUGGGGAGAGGUGAAUUAAAGAGAAAUAUAAAAGGUUCCUGUGGGUGUUGAAAAAUAUCUGUCUAUGAAAUACUUAACAUGCUAUUGUCCAUCUGUAGUCACUAAGGUGAAAAAUUCAAGUUGGCUUCAAAGUUUGAGCUGUUAAAUUCCUGUUCUGGCGAGAAUUCUUUCUUCAACUGAAUUGUCACAAUCUUGAUUGCAAUUUUGAAUUAUUUGAAUACUCUAUUGGUUUUAUAUGGUUAAUACAGGGAUGGGUAAUCUUUUUGUUUUCAGGGACCAAGCCUUUAGCUGGCCCCACCCCAUAGGCCAACUUUGACAAAUGGGUGUGGCAAGCUACCUGUCAAUCACACAACAUUGUUAUGUUGUCACAUGAUUGGCAGGUGGGUUACCCUGCCCACCUGUCAAAACCCUUUGCCACUUACAAAGCCUGCCAUGCAAUCAGAGCUUGAAAGGAUGGGCAGGGAGGCUUGGAAAUGCAGGAAAGCAUUUUCCAACCCUUUAAAGAUCGCUCCAGCAGAAUAAGCACCUGUUUCUUCAUCACUGUGUGAUGGAGCAGCUCCUGCCAAAGCCAGUGCCUGCAUAGAACAGACAUUGGCUGUAGCAGGAACUGGUCCAGCUUGCAACAAUCUUGAUAGCAACUUUCAAGAAAAUAAUAUUUUAAUGGGGAAUCAAAACAUUUUGUAACUUAAGUGUCUUAUAAUAAUCAUGUGUGGUGUUGUUUUAACAGUCAAGGACCUCCCCCUGCCCAGAUUUGUCAUGUCAAAGAAUGAGCAGGAACUGAGGCAUUCAUCGUUGUAUUCUUCAGAUCCUGAUAACCCAUCCUCCUAUUCAGGUGCGAUUCCUCCCCCACCAGGUAGAAUACAAGUUAAAAAAGGCUCUGUGAGCCAUGAUGUCGUCCAGCAACGUCCAACGACAGAUCAGCAGGUAAUGAAAUAUAAAGACUGACUAAUGUUUUUAAGUAUCCUUAAUGGUUUUUAUAUUGUGGUUCUGUAAUUAUGUUAAAAUACAAAGGGCAGUGCUUUAUUUUAGCAGUGAUUUAUUUGUUUUAUAAAUCUGGCUCUGAAAGCUUAGGGAAAGAACCUCCAGAACAGAUUUAGGGUGUGUGCAGAGGGAGGCAGAAGCCCCAUUGUACAAAUGAACCUCAUUCCCCACGUGUGUACCCCAUUUAGUGCUAUGUUGAAUUCCAUCCCUGGUGCCAAACAGAAUAGAAUUACUUAUUCUACCUUGUAACUUUGCAUGUAGGUCAAAAACUAAAUUUUUCUGCUACAGAUUGUGUUGUCAAACUAGUCUUACAAUUUUGGCUGCAAGCUGAUUUCACAAGCCCACUAGUUUGAGUGUAUUUCUUUUUUAUUAUUAUUUAUUUAAUUGAAAUUACACUAUAUUGCUUCAUACUAUUGCAGUUAAGUUACAACUAAAGCUCCUUGAGAGAUCUUGGUUAGUGCUUUAGGUCUUUGUACAUCUUUUUUUCUUUACAUGACGCACCCAUAUUUUAGAAAAAGGCUAGGAUAAGCCAGUCCGGCCACUGCAUUAUGGACCAAUUGAAGUUUCCAAGUCAUCUUCAAAGGCAUCCCCAUGUAGGGGAUAAGAAACAUCCUUGCAAGAGUGGCCUUCUUUGGAUUCAUCCCUUUAUCCUGUCAUUUUUUUUCCAGACACUUGCAUGUAAUUCUGUCUAGGUACUCUUAUUUGGAGAGCGAGAUGUUAUUUUGUUACAAUCUUCAUGAUCAUUUUUAUAACCAGUACUAUAUUUUACCAGUAGCAUUUUUGUUUGGUGGCAAUCAUGGGUAGGUACACUCGUACCUCGAGUUGAAGUUGCUUCAGGUUGAGCCUUUUCAGGUUGCGCUCCGCAGUGACAGUUUCGCCGCUCGCGCAUGCGCAGACAGUAAAAAUGACAUCUCACGCAUGUGCAGAAGCAGCGAAUCGUGACCUGCAUUCGCUUCAGGAUGUGAACGGGGCUCCGGAACAGAUCCCGUUCAUAUCCAGAGGUACCACUGUAUUGACUAACAAUUUACCAUGGCAUCCAAAGUCUGCAAGUAAGGCCUGUCUUUCUAAAUCUUUUAUUUGUUUCCUAGUAAUAGAAGCUUUAGAAAUAAUGAAAUGGUUUCACUUUUGGAGAUGAUAUAACAAGCGGAAAGUGAGACCAGUGAAUGAUACAACUGGGUUCUGAUAACAUACCAUAAGUAAAAAUAAGUGGCAAAACCUAAUAUGGCAAAAUUACAAGAACUGGGUAUUCAUGCUGUCCCUAUUUAUUUUCAAGAUUCAUUUGAAUGCAUGACAAGUUUUAACGUGCCCACUAAGUUUUAUUAUUUGCCUUGCCCUUGAUCUUUUUGUUAGUACUAAAAUCCCACCUGUUCUUAAUAAAGAAUUUGUUCUUAAAGAAAGUGGUUUUUAGAAUAUUGUUUUAGGUACAUAGUAUAACAUUUUUUAAACUUCCUUUGUUUUAUUAGGAGUCCACAUCUCCCGUUGUUUCACCGCAGCAAUCUCCACCAACCUCUCCACACACAUGGAGGAAGCACAGCCGCCAUCCCAGCGGAGGAAAUAAUGAGCGACCAGGGCCUUUUUGGGCUCCCUUUAGUGAAGCACAAGCAGGUAUAUAUAAAUGUCUUGUGUUACACUUCAAGUGUCGCCUGAGAUUGUGGAUUUCUUAAUAUAGCCUAGUAGCACCCCAUGUAUGAGGCAAGCCACUCUAAGGAGGUACAGACUUGAAUCAGGGAGACAAAAGUAUUCCUCUGGCCCACCUCAGUAUGUCCUGAUCAGUGACGAGAGCAGCUUCCUUUCACCCUAGUAAAAAGUCAACUAGGAAUGUGCACUCUUGCCUUUUACCUACCAUCUUGCCCCAGUACAACAUCCCAUCCUUUAUUUUGGUACUAAUUCUAAGGAAUCAUUGGUACAAUCCUGUUUUUUGAAAACUCUUAAUUUCCAUAAGAUUUAUCUUUGUGAGAAUGCAUCUGGCCCUGCGAUAUCUUUUGAUCUGUUUUUGUUUGCUUUUGAGGGAGACACCUUAAGUAUUUCAGCCUCACACAAGACUGUUUUCUUUCUGGUCACUUGCGCACUAGAGGAGGCCCAAACAUUUUAUUGUGAUAAGGAAAUUCAGUAGUAAAAAGUUGCAAAGGCUUUUUAGAAUAUUUCAGGCAACAACAAGAAGAACAUAAAAUAGAAUGCGUAUUCUGUUUAAUGACGCUUCACUUUACAGUGGUGCCUCGCAAGACGAAAUUAAUCCGUUCUGCGAGUUUCUUCGUCUUGCGGAUUUUUUCAUCUUGCGAAGCACGGAUGCACCCUGGUACUGUAUUAUAAUGGGAUAGCGGGCAAAGCACAAAGCGGGUCGCUCCCCAGCAGGAGGAGUUUCCCCAGCCUGGAGGAUCUGUUGCCGGGAAGAGGCAAAGACACCCCUCCCACCUCCCCAUGAAAACAGCCCCCCUUCCUCUGUCGCCAAGCCUUGCCGCGUCUUCGCUCCGCCAAACCGCGUCCCACAUCAAAGCCCCAGCCCGCUCCUCUCCCUCUCUCUCCAUGAGGUGCCAAAGGAAGUUUGAGCCCAGGAACCGAGGGCGGACGCACGAAGCGCGGACUCUCCGUUGCUCCCCCCGUUACCUUGCGCCACGCCGCCGGGCUCCCCACAGUCUCGGCAGCUGCUCCCGGCUUCUUCCCACCCCCGCAAAGGCGCCUUCGCGGCCGCCCAAGCACAGUGGAUGCCUCCUCCUCCUCCUCCUUUGUCCCGCCUCCUCCUGCCUUCGCGCAGUUAGAGCAAAAUGGAGCAGCCAUGUGGGGAGGGGGAGAGAGAGAGAGAGGCAGAGGCGGCACGGAGACCCAGCCAGAUCCGCUGGAUCCCAGCUCACCUGCCUCCUCUGUGCCCUCUCCAGAAGAGGAUCCCUCUGGAAAAGGUAGGUCGCUCCCCUGCUCGCUCCCUGCCAGCCCAGUUCCCGCUUCAAAAGGAAACAAACUCGCAAGACGUUCCGUCUUGCGAAGCAAGCCCAUAGAGAAAUUCGUCUUACGAGCACCUCAAAAACCGCAAAACCCUUUCGUCUUGCGAGUUUUUCGUCUUCCGAGGCAUUCGUCUUGCGGGGCACCACUGUAAAGCUUUGAACUGUGAAUUUCAUUGAAGAAGGCAAUUUCAGGCUAACAUUCUAACAUUCUAAAGUUGGAAUCUUAACCACAUUUUUAUAGCAUCCAAUGCUGUAGGUCACACAUGAUCUGUUUGGAGGAGACAAGCCCUAAGCGCAACUUCCCAUGACUUAGCAGCAGCAGGACCCAGGGGAAGAGUGAAGCAGUCACAGUUUUUGCUCUGUAUAUCCGCCUGCUUGCUCACUUGUGGUUAACGAUAAUUUGACUUAAUAUUACAUGCUAGAUGUGCUUAUAUGAACACUAUUUGGUUUAGUCAGUGACCAGAGGAGUAAGAGAGAUGUUAAAAUAGAGUGUAAACGCUAUACUAAAAAUAGCACACUAUGUAGUGUUUUCAAAAAUAGCUGAACCUUGAAAAAGAAAAUAGCUAAAUGUUCAAAGCAUUAGAAAAUAAAGGGUAUUUCAGUAGACUUUUUAAUGGAACCCAAAUCAAUAAAAACUACUUCUUAGACUGUUUUGUGAUGUUGGACAAUGUCAGGGAAUAUAGCACCACAGCCAGGAAGCACAAACUGACUAGCAUCUAAUGUGGUGAGGUGAGCAUCUUUGAGGAGGCCCAGAAGAAAACCAAACCUCCAAAUAAAACUAUUUUUGGUAGGCAGAUACCAAGCAAGACCAUGUACAUUCUGCACUAAAAAUAAAUCUGCAACCUGCCUAAAUUAUGUACUAUUAGUAAGCAAUUUGUCUUAUUUUGUGUAUUUUUUGCACAUUUUCUCUUUGCAUUAUUUUUAUCCAUAUUUUCCUAGCCUGGGUAUGGGCAAGUACAUUGAAAACUUGCAUCUAGCCUCCUAAAAAGCUUAUUCUGUCACAUUGUGUGUGUCUGAGUUUUCAGCAGAUGUUGCCCAUACAUUGUCGGGUCUAGCUUAUGGGCACAAGAGCUGCAUUUUAUUUUAUUUCUUUAAAAAAGGAGGUUGAACUCUGUGCUUAGUACUAUGUUUCAUUAAAUUAUGUCUUACUUAUAUCUCUCAUACUGCUUCCGUAUUUGUCAACAUUAGUAUAAACCUUGGAGGCUUGAUCACAAUUGUUUCUUGAUUUCUGCUUGAGAGUCCAGCUCUUCUGUUCCAAAGUAUCUUUGCUCAGUUUUCCAGUCUUUGCAUGCCUCACUUUUUAUUGCAAUUAGGCCUAAGUCUUAGGCAAGACCACCUUGAACUCUGAUAACUUUAUGGACAAAUUUAAUAAUCCAGCUUUUUGUUGUUGAGUGUUGUAGGAUAACGAGGUUUUUAUUUCUGCCAGAAAGUGUAUAUAGUUUCAGUAAUCAGUUGCUAUUUUGUUGUACCAAGAAAGCCAUAAGUAGCAGACAGUUGAGAACUGCAGCUUGCUUGUGCUCCUGUUCAAAUUUGCAUUGAAUAAUUGUUGGGUUGAUUUCUUAGGGCAGGAUUCAACUAAUGGGUCCCAUCGGCGCAAGCGCUGUGCAAGGACUCCUCCCUCACUUAUCCCGUGAAAUUGACUUGGCACGGGGGUCAGGAGAACCUCUGGAACAGCACACAGCGAGAGCAGAGGAGAGUGGGAGAUUGUUCUACCUGGCAAGCCAAUGCUUGCCCUGACAGAACAGUCGCCUUAUUGCAACAUUGAAUUCCCCAUUUUAGGGUGAUUUAUCAUUUGUGACAUUCAAAUUAGACAGUUUGGCUACGUGUUAUACAAAUAAUCUAGAAAGUUCAAAGAAAGCUAUUUAAGGCAGCCAGAACAAGAAUAUAAAGCAUUCUAAUAAAGUGUUCCUUGUUGGAAAUAGAAGUUCUGGGGCAUAUUGGGGCAUCAGUUGUUAACAGGGAACCAAAGGGCAUUGCUUGUCUUGAGAGCUGGCAGUGAAUCAUGUCACCUCAUCAUUUGUCCAUCGCUACUCCUUCACCACUUGCUCCAUCUGAACCGUCUUUAUUUCCAUACUACUUAGAUAGAAGCCAGAGCUUUUUCAGGUAUGGGUGUAUGGGUGGGUGUGUUGGGGAAUAUUGUUUAUACAUGAACUACCAAGGCCCUACUGAUCGGCAGCCAUGUCAAAGAUUUUCAGAUCAGCUGUGGUGAAGAGAGAGAAAAGUUAGCAACGGCAGGGAAGCUGGACAGUAGUGACCAUAAGGAAGACUACUAUUAGGCCAUACUUGAAGUAGGGGAAAAGGCUUUUUCUGAGGAAGAAGUCUCCUUUGUCCACUUAGCAGCUGUUGCUGCUUUGCUACAGACUAGAUCAUUGAUAAACAGAGCCAUUUUGAAAAGAAUGGACAAGGUCAACUGUCAAACUUUGAGGUAGCGCUUCAGCUUUAUUAAAUACUUUAAACAAUCUAAUUACUUCAAUCUAGCGAGUUCAUUUGCAAAAAGGUGUUAUCAUUAAAUAGUCCAGUCUACCUCACCCCCGAAAAACUUCAGUAGAACAGGAUUUACUUUUGUUAGAUUUAUUAAUAGCACUCUUGUGAAUUUAAUAAAAAAAACUGUUCCAAUUCUUCCUGUGCUGGUUCUAAAGAGGGAAAGGAGCUUCACGUCUUUCCUUCCUCUACUAAAAUAGACUCGUAUUUAUUAAAGAGGGAUUAAUUUUCCUUUGCACUGAAAAGCGUGACCUUUCCUAGCAAAAGAAUAGUAAUCUGUAAGGUAUUAAUCUAGGAGAAUUCUGCUUUUCAAAGCCUUUCCCCCAUUAAAAUAGUUUUGGUGCUCUGUGUAUAGUCCUGCUAAGUAUAUGCAUGAGAAUGCUAAACUUUCACUUGUGAUACACAGAGAUUUAAGUUCCUGAUUUUUCAAUAUACUACAGUUAGUAUUUGUCAUCCUUUUCUGGGAAGCGCACAAGAAUUCCAAAGUGCAGUGCUCUUUUAGUGUGGUAAUGGCCUCCUGAAUUAAGGAGCAGGCAACAAUGCAGCACAGAACAAGAGGCAGACCAUAGUCAGGUUCUAGCUCCAAUCUAGAAUUGUGAAAAUCCACUUUAGAGGUCUUUUAUUGCAUAAGUGGUAUAUGAUAUUUGUUAUAUAAUUUUUUUCUGUGAUAUCCUGUAGAUAUUGGUCUGUUAACAGGGCGUCAUAGCCACACCAUGGUUUGACCAUUAGAACCAUGCCUUUUGCUCAGUUGCUCAUUCCUCAAAUGCUUGUAUCAAAUUUCUUUCAUCCUAGUGUGAUGGCCAGUUUGUUGCAUUCAGAUCAGGCAAACAAGUUUGUCACAUGGAGUAGUUUGUUUACUGAGUGGAAAGAAAACAGUCAUUUGAACUGGGUUUCCAAUCCUUCUUUGGAGAUAAACUUUGGUUUGUGAUAGCCCUAAUUUACCUAAUUAAGUUGCAACUUCAGUGGGUUACCAUAAACCAGGGAGUGAGAAGGGUAAUGGGAGCUUUUAUGCCUGAUUCAUUUCCCAGUUUACCAAGCCCUUGUUUGGCCUGAUUGUCAGAAUUAAAUUAUAGACCAGGGACCAAAGGGAUGCAUAGGUUCCUGCGUGGACCUUGUUCUGGGCUGGGGAAUUGUUUGUUUUCCUAGGUAAAGGUAAAACCAAACACAGGAUGGUUAAGUUCAGCCAAAGGCGACUAUGGGAUGUGGCGCUCAUCUCACUUCAGGCUGAGGGAGCCAGUGUUUGUCCACAGACAGCUUUCCGGGUACUGCUUCUGUCCCCUGUUUUCCUAGGAACAGCACCCCACUCACAUUAGUAUCCCUCAGUUUUAGGAACAUUUUGCAAUGUGGCACUGCAUUGAAUCUAGAAUCAUGUGAUCUCACAGAAUUUGUCCCAUGGUUCCUGGUUAUGACUUUUCUUGAAUAGACUGUGUGGCAGUCUUGAAAUUGAACUGUUUUGGUUUUCAGGCUCCUGUAAUACUGGUGAUCCCAUGUGGUCUGGCCAUUCACCACCACCGCACCAAGAAAACUGGGUCAGUUUUGCUGAUAACACACCAACCAGUACUAUUUUAGCCAUGCAUCCUGCUUCUGUCCAGGUGUGACAUUUUAUUGGUAUUCUUUUGAUUUGCUUCAUUCCAAUUAAUGUCAGUCAUUUUCAUAUUGUCACCAAAGAUUCAUGCCGUGACUCUAAAUGUGAGUGUGUUUAAGAUCAGUCUCUGAUCUAUUCUUCUUUACAUAAUAUAACCUCUGUCACUGAAGAUUCUUGAUCAAGCAAACCUUUUAAGUUAACCUGCCAGCAUACGCAAAACUAACUUUCAGCUUUUCUUUGUCCUUAUAAUUAUUUUAAACUAUUCUUUGCAUAGUUUUCAUAACUUUGUGUUGCUUACAUGAAUGUUGCUACUUCUAUCUUAAGUAUAUUUUCAAAAUACUUUCUUUAGAAUCCCACCUAACCAGCACAAACUGGAAGACUUCUAAAGCUACUUCGAUAAAUAACUUUCAUUUCCUUUCUUAGGUCAAUAUACAAAAUGGUAGGCUGUUGAUACAUUUAUAUAAUGCUGAAGAAAAAUGUUUCCUUUCAGGACCAGACAACAGUCCGAACUGUAGCAUCAGUUACUACAACAAAUGAAAUUCGUAGGCAAUCAAGUAGUUAUGAUGAUCCUUGGAAAAUAACAGAUGAACAAAGGCAAUAUUACAUAAAUCAGUUUAAAACCAUUCAACCUGAUCUAAAUGGAUAUAUUCCAGGUGAGUUCUUUUAAACACAUAAGUUACAAGAGUACAUAUUUUAGUUUCCUACUAGUAAAGACACUGGGUUGAUUUCUAAGAUUCUAUAAGCAGAGUUGCAUUCCUGGUUCUUGCUAAUGGAAGGGAGAGGCAGGUUUUGUUGAUUUCCCAUGUGCCCUCCAAAAUCUGUUCUAGUGGGUCGAAAGAUCCUCUGGAACAGUGAGGCAAGCAGUGUAAGGAAUCCUCUAAUUUAUAGAAUCCUCUGAUUUAUAGAAAGGAAUCUUACGCACCAACCUCAUAUUUUCUUGGACUUUAUAUACCAUUUAUAUGCCAUUAUAGUUUUGUGAUGAGUGCUACAAUUAUAUUAUUGCAUACAGUAUGAUUCCAGAUAUUUUUUAAAACUAACAUUAGAAGAUAGAAAUCUCUUUAGAACCUCACUAUUUUCAGUGUUUCUGCAAUACACUUAUAUUUUUUUCCCUGCAAUACACUUAUAAUCCUUCCAAGUUAUAAUUUUAGAAUCAAAGUUAAACGUCAUUGUUUUAAUAUUUCAGGUUCUGCAGCUAAAGAAUUUUUUACAAAAUCAAAACUUCCUAUUCUUGAACUUUCGCACAUUUGGUAAGUGUGAAAUAUAGCUAGGUUGGGGAAGUUCCUUUGUUUCAAAUCACAGUUCUUUGGUUGUGGAGCUGAAAUGCCUAGUAUUUAAAUUACCUUUCAUAAUUUACAUUAAAACAUAUCCCCUGCACUGUCAGUGUAACUUUUGCUGCAAUCCUAUACAUGCAUACUUGGCAGGAGGUAUCAAUGAACUUAUUUUCUUACAUCUGAGUAGAUGUGUAGGCUUGAACAGUUAGAAGUUAAAUCAAAUAAUAAACUUUCAACUGACCUAAUUUUGAAAUAAAGCUUCCCUUUUGUAAUAUGGCUGUGCUAUAAAUCGCCAUAUCGCUGAAUACCAUACUGAAAUAAUAUCAUGAUAAGUUUCAGCAAGGCAAUAUACCAGUGAACAGAAGGUGAACACUUAACAGCUUCCCAAGGGGUAGCUCAGCUGAACCGAUACUUUGCAGAAAAUUUGCAUUCAAAUACUUUGAAUGAUUCCUCAUGUUUUACUUAAAAGGACAUUUAAGAAGUCUAGGCUUAACCCAUCUCUCAAUAAACUAACUUUUCUUGUAUAGAAUAGCAGCCAACAUUUGAUUCAGCAACAUUGUAUAUAGUGUCUCUGAUCCCAUGUUGCUCGCUCUUUCUUUUUUGUAACAGAAGGCUCCCAUUGGCUGAAAUGGGAAGAAGUGAUUUUUGCCAAUUCCACCUUCCCCUCUAGUCCCUUGUGCCUACCACCCAUGCUAUUACCUAUGGUACUCCAGUUUUUGGAGCAGAUAUUCAGGAAGCAUAGUGGACUGUAGUGGGAAGGUGAAAUUGCUGAACAUUGACCUCGUUUUAGAAGCAGAAUGCCAGACUGUGUGGUGUGAGCUUAAAGCUUUCUCAGUAAAAGUGAAGUUCAGUAGAAACAUAGUUUAGAAGUAAUACUUUCCCUCGCCUUUUCAGGGAGCUGUCGGAUUUUGAUAAAGAUGGUGCAUUAACACUGGAUGAAUUCUGUGCUGCUUUCCAUCUAGUAGUUGCUAGGAAGAAUGGCUAUGACUUGCCUGAGAAACUGCCUGAAAGUUUAAUGCCCAAACUGAUUGAUUUGGAGGACUCAGCAGGUAUUUCCUUUCUUCUGUAGAGUUUUGUUCCUUUAAAACUACUGUUAAAAGUAGGAUGUCAUUAGGCAACAUUAAAUUUACAGUGUAAAUUGUACUAAUUUAAGGUUGACUCAGAGUAGAUUCAUUGAAAUUAAUGGACUUAAACUAGUCAUGAUCAUUCAUUUCAGUGGGUCUGCACUGAGUAAAAUUUAGCUGAGUGCAACACAAAGGCCUGUUAAUAAGGAAGCAAUUUCUUAUUCUUGGGGUGGUUUUGUGUAUUGUGAGUCACGGUUUUAGAGUCGCGAUUGAAAAUGUGGUGAGAGAUGGUGAGAAAAGUUAGAAUGGACUGAACUUGCAGUAUGAUGUCUCAAGCUAGCAACUAUAUUUUUGUAGCCAAGGACAGACAGCUCUGUUCUUUGGAAACUAUAAGUAACAGAUUCGAGGGUGUUUGAUCUUAGCAAACUCAUGUACCCAAAAGCAAUAUAUGAAAUCCCUAUGAUUCCACAAAUAAGUUAAUGAAAAUUAUAUUAAUGUUCCUGUCUGAGACUUUAGUAUGAUUGCUGAUAUCCCAAGGGCUGCCCUUGAAGGUUGGGACCUUUUGGAAUAGAAUUUCCAUGAGGGUCUAUUACUAAUAGAGACUCUAUCACCUCUCCCAACCUCUGUAGGAGAAGAGAGAUUGGAACUUCCUCCAGUUUGUAAAUCCCGUUUUCAAGCUUAUUUCAGUAUCUGUGUCUUAUUAAUUUAAAUUGCAAGAGUGUUGCUAGAAAAACCUUUUAAAAUAGAAUACUGUUACAUUCCUUGAGCCCUGUAAUUUUUAAAUUAUCACUGCUGCCGUGUAUAUAUUUUGUAAUGUGCAUAGAUAACCUUGCGUUACAAGCAAGCUUCUGUAAUAAGUGAGAUUGAUACACAGAACAAAUUAUGGUUAGUAAAGCUUUGAACUGAAACCUAAUUAAGACGUUAACACACAAUUGUGCUUGACUUCCAUAGUGGUUCCUGUUUCAGAAGCAGGGGAUCAGUCUGGUGAGGUAGGUUAUGCAAGUUCACCAGCAGAAGCACCUCCAAGCAAAUCACCGUCAAUGCCAUCACUAAAUCAAACAUGGCCCGAGCUGAAUCAAAGCAGUGAGGUUAGCAAACAGUAUCUUACUUUGAAAGUUUCUUAUUUUAAAAUCUAAUGUAUGGCACAAUAUGAACUAGAUGCCACUGUGCCAUAAAAGCUGGCUUAUGUACCUCAUUUUGAGUGUUCACUGCAUAAACUGAGCAGAAAUAUAUGGCCUUGAUCCUAAGCCAUAAUACAUAAGGGUAUAUUUUGAGAUUGUCAAUAGGUGCUCAAACAUUUGAUUAUUAAUCUAUACUUACUCGUAAUCAUUAAAGGUGGACUGUUCCAUCGGUGAUAUGUCUUCUACUCAGCAUUAGGCCUAUUGUUACCUCGGUGGCAUAAUUUCUUGACAGUAACAUUGCCUGUGCAGAAGACCAAGAUUGGAACAGGUCUUUCAGGAGGAUCUCAAGUUCUCCAAACUAUCCUCCUGAACGUCCUGAAAGCAUAGGCAAGUUUUGCACUGUCAAGAUCUGUUGUAAGCCAGGCUGCUGUUUAGGCUGCGAGAAGUAAAGCUACAGGGAGCCAGGCAGAGGGCCUUCUCGGUAGUGGCACCCACCCUAUAGAAUGCCCUCCCAUCACAUAGUAAGGAGAUGAGUAAUUAUAUAACAUUUAGGAGACUUGAGUAAAAUCCACUAGGUAAGAAAUACAUAUUCUAACAGCAGAAAUAUCAGUUACCAUUUACUAUGCUAUGCUGGCUCAAUUAAUAAGCAUAAUUAUAGGGAAAUUUUGAUUCAAAGAAGGGCCAAAAAUUACUAUUGAUUUGCCUAGUAUGCAUAAUUAUGGUAUUGCUUAUUGCAAAGGGUAAUAAUUAACAAUAACAGGUGAAAUUUUUAAAGAGUUGCCAUAUUACUGGACGGGUAGAUGUCUUAAUGGCUAUUAGGCAAAAUAGUUGCUUUUGGAAUGUAUGUGAGGUAGUGUGCCUUGUGACUGCAAGUUACUGGUGUCAAACUAGAGAUGGCCAUUAUUUUCACACUGCAGUUGUGAGCUUUCAGAGGCUCCUGUUGUUCCAGCAGACCCUAAACUACCUUUCUUGGUUGGAACCUACAGGGCCAGGGCAAUUCCUAAAUUGUUGUAUAUGUAAAUCUUCAGGCAUCCACUAGUAAUUGGCAUGUCAAGGUUCCUCCGAAGUUAGAAGCCUAGAGGUGAGGAAUGAGUAAAAAUACCCAGGCAUAUGAUUUUUAUUUAGUUAUUUAUUUCACACAAUUGAUAUACUAUAAGAAAAUGAAUUGAAAGGUGUUGCCUUGUAAUCAAGAGAUCAGAGGUAUGUGAAUGAGAAGACCAACAAAAAAGGGGUAGUGUGUUUUUUUUAACUGAAAGUAAUACAGAAUACUUGACAAAUACUACUAAGACUAAUGUGUAUUGGGUUAUAUUUCCAAAAGUUCUAGGACAGCAUUUAGCACUCUGAUUCUUUUGAAUUAUUAAUCCUAUAUACUGCCAAAUCAAAGUGUAAACAAUUAUGUAGGAAAUUCAAUAUGUUUACAUUUCAUGGCAGGCUUGAGGCCAGUUGAGUUUUUAUGUACAAAUGUAUCUGGUUCAAAUACUUGCUAAAUCAUGUUUAAUCUUCUUGGAAUGAACUUUUGCAUUGUUUUGCUUAUUUGGGAAACCUAUCCAAUUUUCAGAUUACGAUUUCACUUGCCUUUCUUUGAAUUGUUUGGUUUGUUGGGGGUUAUGUGGAGAUUGUAUUUAAAGAUGCUGUCAUCCCCACACUCACCUACCUACUUGGAAAGUUAACUUAUGUCAAAUUCUUACACUGUUUUUAACAGUUAGGUCUUCUUGAGGAGUCUUGAUUCUUCAUAUUGGAACUGCCUCUAGGGUUGUCAAAUUGAUUUAUUUUUUAUUUUAUUUAAAAUAUAUCUACUGUCCAACAUGCUAAUCUGUCUGGCAUUUUUAGGAUAACAAAGAUUGUGCUACUGUCUCACUUAUAAUUCAUAAUGCGCAGUAACUUACUCUUCAUUUAACUAGAUCAAAUUGUUGUGAAAUACAAUGCUCUAAAACAUCUAGCAAAGCAAGUUGAAGCAGUGUGAGAAUAUUUUCAGUAAUAUUACAAUUUAAUGUUCCUUUAUAAACUAUUUCAUUGUCCACUUAAAAAGGUGUAGCAGUUAAUGACCAGAACUUAUUAAUUGUUACUCUACAAGUAUCACCAGUAUCAGACAGGGUUAGGGCCUGAAAAUGUAAUACUGUACAUACUGGAAGUCAGUACAAUAUCCAGAAUCAGGGUCAACAAGGGAUGAUGAUGAGUGACAGAAGUGGCCCCACAGGUAAUUCAAGUAACAGAGCUCCCCACUAGAUUUCUCUUCUUAGGUAGGAAACAUUCUGUUUGUUGUUUUUUAAGGUUCCUGAUUUGAUUGCCAGGUACUGACAUACGUCACAAGCAGGAUGAUGAUGUGGCAUUUAGCAGCCAUCAACAGAAAGCAUUAAGAUUUAAAUCCCUGAUACAUCAGGCAUUAUCUUGGGUAGAAUCUAAACAGCGGCUUAAGGUUCAUUCCAAGGAAUUCUGCUGGCCUGGUGGGAACUUCUAACCUCCAUGCCAUAUCACAAACAGCCCACAUGCAGUAUGGGGAACUGCUUUUGAGGAAACAUGUCUAGUUAUAAUGGACUAGUCAUUAUAUCUAAUAUUCAUAUUCUUAGGGUAUACAAGUUUUCAUAAAGUGUGUUUUUCUAAAUGGAGCAUAAUAUUUCUGUAUCUGGAAAUAUUAUUUCUUAUGAUAGAAAAUUUUUGAUUUUCAGAGCUCUUACUAAGCAAUAUGUAUGGCAAAUCAAUGCAUAUUAAUUAUUUCAUGUGCCCCUUCUACAUUUUCCCAGCCACAUGUGAUCUGUUUAUCCCUGAGCAGCUGUUUAUAGAUAAGCGGGCCCAUAUUACUGGGAAAAGAUAUAAAGACCACCUGAAAGAGGUUGCUGAAGUGUUUUGGUUUGACUAAUAAGUUACUCACCAUUCCACUAACGUGAGAUACAUUAACACCAAUCUUCUACAAAGUAAUCUGCCUUUCAAAUCCUAGAUCAAAUCUUAAUUUCUUUGAUGCCUGGUUAUUGCUAUUGUGUCCAUGUCUUCUUUUCCCUUUUCUUAGCAUGAAAAACCGACUUGGCAGUUGUGUAUUAUGCCAGAGCAUGUCCUGUAUCUUGUUGAAAUGAUUGCCAAGGUGGACUUCCCUAUUGAUUUACCGAGUUUGAACUUCUAAUCCUCAGCAUUGUUUCAAUUAUAAAUUAAAUAUUUCUACACUGGUAUAAAAUGUACUCAGAUUAGAAACAUUUUUGAGGAUUGCUUCGGGAAUUGCAUUGGCAAGUUGUUGGUAAUUUUGUAAACGUGUUAUCUGUAGCUUUUAUUCCUGAUUCAUUUUGAGGUGAAAAUUAAUACAAAAAUCCAGGAAAAAUUGGAGUACACAGGGUUGUAUCCAAAGUAGCACUAUGUGAAUAUUCCAUCACUGCAAGGAUUUUUGUUUGUGCAAUGAAACAUUCUCCCCCAUCCCUCCACCAACGUGCCCCCCACAUUUCCCAACCUUCUGUUGAAAUUUUUAGGAUGGCACGGGAUGGGGAAGGGGGAGGGAAUUCCCAUUGCACAAGUGGAAAUCAUUGCGCUGACAUGGAUAUGUUAGCUGAAUGCUGCCCAUUGUAGUUACACAUACAGCAUGAUCAGACAUUAUAAGAGGUUUCCAUUGUCAGUAGCUUGAUUUUGUUGUUAAAACAUAUACACUUACUUUCACAGAAGGGAAAUCUCUUGAUUUGCUCAUACCCUAUGCAAUAUUUAACAGUUAAAUUCUUGGUAGCAUUGAGAAGCCGAAAGGAUGAAGCUCAAAAUACAUUUUUAAAAAUGUGUGUGUUGACAGUUUUUGCAAAUAAAACAACUGCCAUCGCAACCUCUGAACCUACCUUAAAUCUUCUCCAGGAAACCUUUACUCCAUCUCUCAUGCUGACUUGUCUCUCCUCUGUCUGUUCAGCAGUGGGAGACAUUUAGCGAACGCUCCUCAAGCUCACAAACUCUGACCCAAUUUGAUUCUAACAUUGCACCAGCUGAUCCUGUAAGUCAAUCACUUAGCUUGCUUGUUUGAAAUUAAUUUUAUUAACUCUGAAUUUUCAUUAAUUGUAUCUUGCCUGUUAAUGCAUGAUUCUACAAAGCUUGGUUGGAAAUGGUGGCAGAAGUCAUAAAUUUUAUCUGCUUUAAAAUUUAUUGGAGGAAUCAUAUGUAUGCAGUAUGAUUCAAGUUUAAUUAUAGAACAUUUUAUGAGUUCAAGAAAUAAAAUGCAGUCUGUUCAUUUUUUUGAAGUAUCUUCAGUGUACAGAGUGUGUUGAAAUUCUUAAUCAUUAUGGCUGUGACACUUCUUAGCUGCCUUGUGCUGAAAAACAGGAUUGAAAUUAGAAAAUAAGUAUGGUAACUUGCCAAAGACCAGUUUGAACAAGGAUAGCCAAAGUCACAUGCAGAUCCAGUCCUUUCAUCCCAAAGCCCACACAUAAAGCCCUUUUUUAUAGAUACCAUGUAAUCGCAUUUGCUAAUCUUCAUUUUUCUACUUCUCCUAAGUACAUGUCACUGCUUUCAUGAACACAACCACUGUCCUCUAUGGACACCACCAAGGCAACAGGCGUUGCUUGUCUGUAUAAUGGCCCGUAUGUGACAAUUUGCCCAAGUCAUAUAUACAUCCUUCAUUCUCCAUAGUGUGGUGUUUCUCGCAGUUUUUAAUUUCAGGACCUCUAACAAACAUACUCUGCCCUCAUGUACCCCAUCCCACUGAGAGCCAUGUAUUGGGCAUGUGAUGGUGCAUAAUCUUCAUUCACUGCUUUGUGAAUGACUCCCACACUGCCAGAGCAAAGCACUAGAAAGGAACAUCUCUGGGUCCUGUAUAUUCUCUUGCUGUCUGCAGUUUCCGUAGUUGGUAAGUUAAAUCUGAUGAGAGGAAAAUCAGUGUGUGCUGUAGCGUUUCCCUCAGUAGAACUACAUUCUCCCAUGUGACUUGUCAUACUGUUUUAGAAACACGGUACUAAAGGCACAGACUUUGUUCUUUGCGAAUGCAAAAGCUGAGCAGCAGGUAAUGUGGGGUGGGCUGUGAAGCAUCUUGGCAGGUGGCAUGCAGCAAGUGGGUGGGAUGACAGCUUUUGUAGAUCCAUAGUUUUUCUUGGAGGGCCAGAAGUGAAGUGCUGUUGCACUUGCAUCCUGCUUGCCAGUUUUUUAUGGACAUCAGGCUGGCCAUAGCGAGAGUAGGAUGAUGGACCUUUGGCUUGAUCCAGCAGAAUCUUAACCAGCCCUGUGUUACACGUACUGCUGUACAACAGAAGCAGUGUGCAGCACAGUGUGGUCUAGCUGCCACUGUGCCGUGACUAUAUACUUUCAUAUAUACUUCACCAUGUAAAUUGCUACAAAUUAAGGCACAUGAGCUCCUGAACAACUUAUUUAGAAACACAUAUAACCUUGUGCAAGCAGAAUAUUGUUUGCAAACUGCUUAAAGUGUUUGUUUAACAGGCAGCCAGUAAGAUUUGCUCCAGUGAUGAUUUGCCCAAUGCAGAUAAGCAAAUGAUAUGCUUCCAUGUACUUUGCUAGUGAAAGAGCUGUCAUGUACUGUUUUGAGUAUCACAACAAAGUUGCAACAGAGUUUAUUUUAGUAUUCAAGCUUUUUAAUGAAACUUUUGAUUAAGUUAUCAACUUUAGACCAAUUAAUUCUACUAAGCUAAGUUCAAUUUAUACCUCUUUGUCUUAGGAUACUGCUAUUGUUCAUCCUGUUCCUAUUAGAAUGACUCCAAGCAAAAUUCAUUUGCAAGAAAUGGAACUUAAAAGAACUGGAAAUGGUAAGUUGUUAGGUGGUGCCUUUAGAACAACCUCUACGUAGCUAAACAUUAAUUUUCACAAACAUAAUUAGUUACUGCAAGCCUAUCAAACAAUGUAUUCAUUUUUGUAUCCAUUGAUAUUGUCACUAUGGGGUUCUUGAAACCAUUAAUAGUUUUAUCCUAUUCAGUUAUCACACUGUCAUAUUCACAUGAAAUGCUAAACCAAGAAACAAGCCAUUCACUUGCCACAUUUAAUUGUGUGAAUGAGGCUAGGGCUCAUCAGCUCCCCCAACUUCUCCUCUGGUAUGGCCAUGAGGAGAUCAGAAGGUUUAGCUUCUGGUUUUGACUAUCUGCAAUUUGUUACAUCGAAAUUGGGAAAAACUAGCUUGUUGAAACAAACCAUCUCCAAUCCAUGGUUUGUGAAUCUGGCUUUCAUAGUCAAAAUUAAGCACAGUAUAGGGACCCCACUGGAGGAGGAAAAGGGAGCAGGUUGUUGACAGGAACAAGUCUUGUUCAUGUGCAUCUGAACCAGACCACACUUUUCUAGCCUGAUUUAGCUUGCACAUUUGUUGAGAAGCUAAAAUUGCAAAGGGGGUUAGCAUUGAGUAGCACUCUAUAUAGAAGUGGCAGUAUAAAAAUACUGUAAGACAAUGCAGACAACAACAAGUACAUGGAUUGAGGGUGCUUGAAUUUAAAAAAAUGUACCGGUAAUUGUGGCUUCUUAUACCAUUUUUCUAUAAUACAAACUUUUAAACCCCUACAAAUAAUAGACUUGAAUGAUAUCAUUUUAUGUUGCAUUUGAGCAGUUUUGAUGUUCUUAAAAUUAUUGUCUUGUAUUUUAAUAUUGUGUAUUAUUUAUUCUUUUGUAAGCCACUCAAAAGCAUGUUUUGAUGCGUGGCCAUUAAUCUAGUAAUAAAAUAAAAAAUGUUUUUUCUUUCUCUAAAAAGAACAGAUAUCCUGUUCAUGUAAUUUGGCUUUUCAGUCUUCCCUUCCCUUUGCAUUCCCCCAAAAUCUGUUCCUGGGGAUUGGUGUGUGAUAUGAUGCACAUGUAGAGGGGAGUUGAUAUCCACAUAUACACGUGUGGCCAGAAAUGCAAGUUACGAUCUUAGCUGUUCAAAAUUUUAAUUUUUACAUAUUACUAUGGUGUCAGACUUUGAGCAUUAGGUGAAAUUUGCCAUAAGAAGAGAGGUAGACUAGCUUAUUGUUACUAAAUAUAUAUUUUAUUCCCUUUUAGAUCACACAAAUCCCACAAGUCCUUUACUUGUAAAAUCACCUGAUCUUGUAGAAGAAAGUAAAAUGAGUUCAUCUGCAAAAUUUGUAGGAGGAAACACAGUUGGUAAGCAUCAGUGUUUUCUUUCCUAGUAGGGUAUCAGCCUACUUCAUUUCACUGCAAAUAGUUAAAUGACUGUAACCCAAUACCAAAUUCAAGAUUUGGGGAAGUAGUACAUUCAGCAGCUACUCUGUCCAUCUGUGUGCAGCGGAAAACCCUUUAAAAUGCACAUUUAUUUUGUGUUUGAAAAAGGAUGUGAAGCAUCCUUCAGAGUUGGGGAUUCAGAAGUCUUAUUCUUUAACACACUCUAGCCACUCUGAUGCCCUCUUAGACCUCUUUACGCAUACUUUAAGGAUUGUGUCUGGUAGCUGCUAGCCAGUUGGAAUCCAUGCAGACCUAUAUAAUUUCUCAGAUCUUCAGUCAAAGUGGUGGAAAUAGUAAAGUAUAUUUUUGCAGUACAGACCCCUGGUUGGUAGGUAUUGUUGAUUAUUCUAGAGUAAAAGGAUAUGAUCUAAUAUAUGUGAAGGGGCCAGAUCCAUUUUAGGAAGAUUCUGGUAUGGAAACUUGUUUUGCUUAUCAAUUUUGUGUCACUUGUGACCAAUAUACCUUAUUUAUAGAAAAGUCACUUGUAAGUUUUAUUCUGUAAGAUUAUUCUGUGGAAUAAUCAAAACAUGAUUAAUCAACAAGCAAUGUAUGAUUUUCUUUUUCUUAUAUCAGCAGAUGGUUACAGCAGCUCAGAUUCCUUUACUUCUGACCCAGAACAUAUUGGAAGCACUGUAACAAGACAACGGUAAUUAGAUGCUUAAAUAUGAAUGAUGUUAAAGUAGCAAUUCCUAUCCAAGGGUAAAGUACCCAUCUCCUACUCCACAAUUUGUCCCCCCAAACACACAGCCUGGUAAUCUUUAAUAGAAAUUCAUAAUUCUAGAAGGAGUCAAUUUCCUGAUUGGUCUUUUUGUGUGUGUUUGUGUUGACAUAAGAGCUGCUGCGUCACUUCCUAAGUCAGGCAUGCUCAAACUUGGCUCUCCAGAUGUUUUGGGACUACAGCUCCCAUCAUCGCUAGCUAACAGGACCCGGUGGUCAGGGAUGAUGAGAAUUGUAGUCCCAAAACAUCUGGAGGGCCAAGUUUGGCUAUGCCUGUCCUAAGUGUUUAUUUGGUGGUAUAGCAGUCCAUAAGUUUAACAAGCACUUAGUGUUAAAACGUUCACAGAAAAGUGCACUGAGUUCCAGAAUAAAAAGGGUGCAGGGUGGUGCUUCAGUGGUGGUGUUCUGUUAUACAUAAUUAUCGACUACAAUGCCUCUUGACACAACUGUUUUUGUCUUGUGUCUUUUCCUGGCUCCAAGAAUAUAUUCUCAAAGAAUUUAAGCACUCCUGCAAGCUGUAUUCACUUACCACCAUUGUUUAACUGUCUAUUUGUCAGUCAUAGAAUAAGAUUUCCUUUCCUCCAUUCUGCAGCCUGAAGUGAGGAUGGGCAACAUAAAGCCCUCAGGUCAGAUCCAUGAUCCAUAGGGUGCUAUUAGAACAUUGGAAAUAUGUGUGUGUGCUGUUUAGCAAACUUCUAGUUUCCAGCAUUGUGAUGCAAACCUGUAAAUUGCAAGGGCAGUGGAGCUGAGUUUUCCAGAAUGCAGAAAGAUCUAAUGAUAUAAAACUAUUUCCCAGCAUUGCCACAUGUACACAUUCUAAAGUAUUUAUACAAGGAUGACUAUAAAGUCUUUCUAUUCUUUUGGUGAAAAAGGAGCUUGUCUCAUUUUAGAGUAGAAAGUGUUCUCUGGAAACAAUAGGCUAUCCAUGUUCAAGCUGGUUUGAUAGAUCCAUGCAGAAAACAGGCCCUAUAAUUUGAACAAGGUGACUUCCCCAGUCUAAACAAAAUUAAAAAAAAUCUACGUUUGUUCCUGGUAUGAGCUUUUGUGUGCAUGCACACUUCUUCAGAUACACUGAAACAGAAGUCACCAGACCCUUAUAUAUAGUGAGAGGGUGGGGAAGCGUAUUACUCUGAAGGGUGGUGGGAAUGGGUGAUUGGCUGAUAGGUGUGGUAAACCUGUUGAUGACUGUGACUGCAAUUGGGCUUACAGGAAAAAGCAAGGGGUGAGAUGGCUAAAAAUAGCUGUAUCAUGUAUAAUGAGAUCAGAAUCCAAUGUCUCUAUUCAGACCAGAUCUCUCCAUGGUUUUAAAUUUGGUAAUAAGUUGCAAAUCAGCAACUUCUCUUUCCAAUCUAUUUCUGAAAUUCUUUUGUAAUAAGACAGCUACUUUGAGAUAUAGCUGAUCUUAAUCUACAAGUGCAGGUAGCUUCAUUGCAUCAUGGCUGGCAGAUCACAACUCAGUACUUUUCAGUUAUCUUCAGUAGUUAAUAUCCACCUUCUUAAAGAGCAAAUUUUACUGGUAAGGAAACAGUUGCUGUGUUCUGAUGACUAUAUGGGGCUCAUGAACUACAGUUUGCAAUAGAAUUUCUGUAGUUCCAUUGUUUUUCAGAUCACAUUCAGGGACGUCUCCCGACAAUACAGCUCCUCCACCACCACCACCAAGGCCUCACCCUUCGCACUCAAGAUCAUCAUCUUUAGAUAUGAACAGAACCUUCACUAUUACUCCAGGUGGGCAUGGUUCAGAUUCUUUUAUAAAGUCAGUUUGUUUUAUUCAUUCUUAAAUCAAGUUCAGGGUCACUUGGGUAGUUCUCCUUUCUGUUUAGAACGGUACUGAAUGUUCAUGAUGUUGAGACAGUUGGGAGGAAAGCUUGUUUGUUUCGGUCAUGUUUGCAAUCUUGGGUGGAGGACGGUGUUAAUAUUUGUGUCCUAAAAUAUAAUUAUUAAUGGGAACAUGUUGCACAAGAGAAAUCUUCACAGUAUGUUUCAGCAGAAAGCCUACCUGAAGAUUUAGAUCUCUCUCCUGUCAGCUCCUGUCUUGCUUUUUUUGCGGGAAUCACCUGGAGCUGCAGCUGGUUUGUUGAAGUGUGCCUUACUUUCUUCUUCUUUCUGCUUGAGGCACGCCAUCCUAUACAUGUUUGCUCAGAAGUGAGACCCCUUGAGUUCAGUGGGGUUUACUGCUGAGUAAGCGUUCACAGGAUUGCAGCCUGCGUGAUCAAGAUUACAUAGGCUAAUCUGUAGGAAUUUGAUGAGUCAGUAAACUUGCCCGAAGGCCUAGGAUUUGGAACUUGCUGAGCCCCUUAAACCAUGUAACAAUUAAAAUACAGCAAGUGACUGCCGAAGCUUGACCCUGCUUAAAUCCAAACAACUGCUUGUUUUAAAGUACUUAGCCAAAAGUUGUUAACACAGCUGAAAACAUAUUUAGUGUUCUCUUCUAAAUAUUACUGCCUUGUAGGUCAACAGCAAACUGGAGUGAUUGCCUACCCCCCUGCAGUGCCUCCAAGACCUCCACCCACACAGGUUAUUUUUCGAUUUCUGUUGAAAUUAUAAAUUAAUUGCAUCUGUUUAGUGGUGGUACCGAUUUCUGUUAAUAAUAUUGUAAUAAUAUCUUCACUGAAUAGUUCCAUCUCAGAACAGGGAAAAAUGAAAUGAAAUAAAUGUACAGGAAAACGAUAAUAAACAAAAACUACAGAAUCCAUAAAAAAGUCCAAUAAAUAUCCUGAACAAUUCCAUCAUAAAACAGGGUAAGCUAAGCUGCAGUGAGGACAACUCUUAAAAUUUUCAAUUUAACCAAAUAUCUGGCUAAAGAAAAUGGAACAUCCAGGCAUGUACAAUAACCUAAUGACAUUUUGGGACGAGGUGAUUUGCAAAAUUGACAAAAUCAUUUUAAUAAAGGAGCAAAUUUAAAAUCUUGGUACAAGAUAUGGCAAAUAUCUCUCACUGAAAAAAUAACUGAUAAAUUGAGAAUGGUGAGAGGAAUUAAAUGCACAGAUACUUUUGUAAGAGAAUGGUGGAAAUGUAUUGCUUUCAUAAACAUGCCAGAAAACAAAAGAAAGGUCUCUAGCAUGUAUGCUAAUUUAUGGAUAUCAUCAUCAUUAGAUUUUAUUUGUAGUAAUACUUUCAACAUUUUAUGGGAAUUGUCAUCUAUAAAUCAUAAGCAGGGGCCUAUCACUUAUUGAAUUCUUAGUUUCUAUUCAUCUACAUUCCGUCAUGUUUUUGUAUUUCACAGGACAUUAUGUUCCAGGUAUUCUGGAAAAAGGAUUUUAAUAAUUACUUUAAUAGUAAUUAGUAUUAAGCAAUCAAAUAUCCUUCCCACUGCAGCUUGCACCAGGGGCACCCCUUUACUACCUCUUUUUAUGAGAGACAAUGAUGGCCUCACUCUGUGCCAACAGACUCUCUCACUCUGUGGCUUCUGAGCAGCUUAACAACUUUUACCCCUGUUCUCCACCCUACCCAAGUUGUCACACUGAGUGGCAUGAAUCAUUGUCUACAUGCACCCACAGCAAUAAAAUAUAUAUUAAAAAUGUUUUUCUCUUAUAUGUUUAUAUGGAAGAAAACAACUAGCAAAAUAAACAUAUGUAACAUACAUGGUGACAAAUUAUCCAGAAUGUCUCCCCCUGUCAUCUUAUAAACAUUUGCCUUAAUUCAAAUAUGCCUUGAAUAUUUAGGUCAGAAAAGAACUCUGUUUACUUGGUUAGUAUCCAAGCAAACUUUCUUAUCUGAGCGAGUUUUUACAUUAGUAAACUUUUUAAAAGUACCAACAUGAUUUGUGACAUUGAUUCUCUUCCUGUAGGCUGGAGCUCAUGUUCAUCGUUCAUCAGAUGCUGAAGGUCUAAUAGCACACACCAGUACCUCACCUCAGCAAAUACCAGAACAGCCAAACUUUGCAGAUUUUAGCCAGUUUGAGGUUUUUGCUGCAUCAGGUGCAAAUGAAGAAGAGGAUGAUGAAACUGAGAAACAACCAGAGGUUUUGCAGGUUAGCAUAGACACUAUAUAUUCUGGCUAUAUUAUCUGCAAGUAUCUGUUAAUUGAUGUCCAGUUACAUUCAUGUGGUAGUGUUGAAUGCCGGUGCCCAGUGGACACUCGAUCAUGUCCAGAUCUGUUUUAUCUGGGAAAGGGCGUAGCUGGCACUUACAGUUGAAGAAAUAUAAAGGCCUCACACAAUAGUGUUUCUGAGAAUUCUAGUACUUCUCAGUGUGAUCUGGCUGUUAUAGGCUUCACUUUUAGUAGUUAUAUGUGAGCUUCCAGAGUGUGCAUUUGGUCUCAGUUUAAGUGUCUGAUCUCAUACCCUUCCCCAAACCUGAAGAUUAUUUGAAUCAUUGCUUGCUUGCCAUGAUGCAUUUUUGAGUUAUUUCUGUCUCUAGGUAGAAAAAACACCUGAUUCUGCUGGGCCUCUUAGAGUUGCCAAAGGUGAUGGAAGACUUGAAGACAAAACAGUUUCUAGUACGCCUGCAAAUGCGGUAUGUAAAAUGUGCAACACAAGAACAGGUAUUUUCUGUGGUGGCUUCCCACUUGUGGAAUGCUCACCUGGCACCUUCAUUACAUAUCUUUAGGUACCAGGCAAAGACGUCUCUUUUCCCAGGCCUUUUACUAAUAAUAUUCUUUAAAUUGUUUUAAUUAAAGUCUAUGGCCUUUUAAACUGGGGGCGGGGUAUUUGUUGUUGUGGCUGUGAUGAUAAGUAUUUUUGUGGUUUUAUUUUGUAAACUGCCCUGUGAUCUUCAGAAGAAGUUUAGAAAUUUAAUUAAUAGUGCUACUACUGAUCAUGGGUUUCAACCUCCAUUUUACCUAAAAAGCACAUGGUUCUUAAAGCAGCUUGCAUAACAGCAUGUUGUAGUGGCUAAAUUUAAAAACUAAAAUUGACUAUAAUGUUCCCAUAGGGUCUUAACAGAUGCUAGAGUUACCUGUAAGACUGGGAUUGUUCUUCCUGUCAUGGCUCAGUUCUUGAAAAGCAGUGGUUGCACAAAAGGUUUUGUAUAAUAUUGCAGAUUGCUGCUUGCUGAUGCCAUUUUUAUGAUGUAUUACUGCUGCUUGUUUUGCUGUGGUGAAUUUUUUAUGUGUAAUUUUUUUUAUGCCUUGGGUAGAAAGGUUGGAAAUAAAUGAAAAAAUAUAAGACGAGUCAAUACUGUAGAUUAAAUCUACUUUAAUUUGGCUGAAUAAAGCAAGAGUCAGUUGAUAACCGACUUUCAUAUUCAUUCAGUGCUUUUGCUGUUUGAUAGAUACAUAACUGUCUGCAGCCAAAGGUAUCUCUCACAGUAAUGCAUCACUUGCUGAAUGUGUGAACUAGCUCCAUUGAAACAAGGGUCUGAGGUGAUGAGAAACAAACUCUUUCUGUAAUGGCUCAGCCACCAUUGGUUAAUGGUCAUCAUGUGAGGAGCAGGCAUGUGUGCACUUUUGAUUCUCACUAUUGUGCUGGGUUGCAACUCCUAUUCAUGCUGUAGAUUCCCCAUCUAUGGAUGAAGCACACCAAAAUCAGUUUCCUUUGGACCUGAGCCUUCACAACACGAUGGUUUUAGUUUGAAAGCUUUGGAGAUCCCUUACAGACUCUUUAAGUCUUUUCAGUACAGCCCAGUACAGAAGAGGAACACAGCCCACACCAUAUCCUAGCCCUCAUUCAAUUUACUCUUCAUUCUUCACAGCACCUUUGGGUGCAAGUCUGAUUCCUGUACUUGUUUGGAAAUAGAGGGGUUGAGCUAGCAGAAGAACUUUGACAUUCUCAUUGGAAGAAGAAGAAGAAGAAGAAGAAGAAGAAGAAGAAGAAGAAGAAGAAGAGUAGUUUGGGUUUGAUAUCCCGCCUUUCACUCCCUUUAAGGAGUCUCAAAGCGGCUAACAUUCUCCUUUCCCUUCCUCCCCCACAACAAACACUUUGUGAGGUGAGUGGGGCUGAGAGACUUCAGAGAAGUGUGACUGGCCCAAGGUCACCCAGCAGCUGCAUGUGGAGGAGCGGAGACGUGAACCCAGUUCCCCAGAAACUUAACAUUGACCCAUUUGUCACAUGCUGGGUCAACUUAGCCACAAAUGUGGGUUAUUUCUUACAGAAACAACCACCCACUUUGUAGUCAUCCUGUUGCAUUCUGGCAAAGAUAAAUAAACUAAAGGGCAGAAACAGUAAUUCGUCCUGUCAGCAGAAGCCCUGCGCAAGGACUUGUGUUGCCCAUUGGGGGUUCUCCUUUCUCCUCCCCCCUGUGCCCUCCCAAUUUUCUCUAGGGGGUUGGGAGAACCUCAGAACAGCAUGCUGAGAGAGAAGAGGGUUCAUACUGUCUGAAAAGCCGAUAUGCUUGCAUUGAUGGAACAAUCAGAAGAGUGAAAUGUUAAAUUCCUCCUAGCAUAUUGGUAUUCCUUUGAAACUUUACACUUCUUUACACUUCUUUCCUUUACACUUCUAAUGACACACAGGCAGGAUUGAUAUACCUUAAACUUUUUUCCCACAAGUACUUUUGUUUUAAAAAAAGGUAUCUGGAGAUACUGCUGAUCCUCCCUUACAACUUAAUGUCACUUUUGGAUGGUUUGUUAUGCAUCCAGUGUCAAUCCAAGACAGGCAGAGGGUUAAGUCGAAGAAAGCUUAACAAAUUGUGUCUGGUGUGCAGCUGACAUUCAUCUAUAGCCCAGAUUAAAUACACAGUUGAAAAGUUGUGGUUGUUUCUUCAAUUACCCCAGAUGGACAGAGUUUUACAUCUGAAUGCUGAUGCCUUCAAGUGUAACAGCAUGCUUUCCAGGCUAUGGAUUCCUCAGCUUCAUAUGCACAGUAGCCAGUUUAAGCAUGACACUGAACAUGCAGAAUCCCAGAUGGCCAGUGCUUGGAGGUUUAUUUAUGUACUGUACAUUUAAAACAGGCCUAACCAUUCUCUAGUGAUGCUUCCAGGAGGCUUAAAAUAUCCCUACAAGUAACUGGCAUCACAUAUCCUCACAUAUCUUAGUACACCUUCUUACAACAUGAUCCUAUACAUGUUCACUCAGAACUACAUUCUACCAUCUUCACUGGGACUUAUACCGAGGUAAGUGUUCAAUGGUUGGGAACCUUGAUUAUGCUGUUAGUAGGUGAAUAAAACGGGUUUUUUAUUAACUAAUCAUUAGUAAUGAUUAAAACUGAGUGCUGGUGAUGUUUAUUGCUGUACGUAUUAAGAUACCCUCUGUAAUCUUUCAGGGCAAAGGUACAACGCCUCUGGCACCGCCACCAAAGCCUAUACGCAGAAGGCCAAAAUCAGAAGAUGAGCUGAGACCGGAAGCUGAGGAGCAAACACAGAAAACAGGUGUCAUAGCUGCUGUUCUUGCUUCACAGCCAUCUAUUCCUAGGUAACCCAAGAUGUGUAUAAGUACCUCUGAUAACAAGGCAUUUUCAUUUUAAAUAGAAAUUAUAGCCAUUAGUAGCAAAGUAUCUAUGAUAUUUGAACCAUUGAAAUGCUAAGUAAAGCCGCUGUGAACAAACUUGAAUCCUAAACACAGUAUAGAUUUUUAGAAAACUCUGAUGCACAGCGUUUUGCAUUAUGUUACAAUCUGAAAGAAAUGUCUUUCCAUGCAUUUAUUAAAAUUGCAUCAAGAAUCUAAUUUCAAUAUUAGGUGUACAGUUCAGUCUGUCACACUCUUGUUAUAAACAUGGCUGCAUGCACUUGACAAUAUCAGUUUUCACUAAGCAAGAGAAUUUAGCAUUCUGCAAUGUUCAUCAGAGACCCAAGGGGGACUAGUCAGGCUACUUUGCUGACCAAGGGCUUUGGAUUUAAUUCCUUAUAAAGCUCCCUCUCCCUUCCCAAAGGCUGCUAUUUAUUGUUCUACUCCCAGGCUAGUCACCAUGUCCUUCUCUUUCCCCUUUUUGCUUCAUAACCAGUCCAUGCUAAAAAUAUUCAGAAGCCUUGCAUUUUAGAAAUAGAAGAAACCAGCGGCUACAUUGCAGCAAAGAGGUUGCAAUGUACCUCUGGUAUGUGUAUGAUUCCUAAGCCUAUGGCUGAUGGGAAUGAAAAACAUGAAAGCAUCAAGUGGAAAAAAAUGUUGUUUUAGUUCUUGAAAGCUUAAAAGUCCAACUAAAUUGUAUGCAAUCAGUGAAGGCUGAGAUUUCUGUAUGCAAUGAGUAUUUGAUUUGACCUGGGAGGUGUUCUAAGGGAGUAAUUUAAGUAGAUGGAAUUUUGCUGUAUCAUGAGAAGGUGUGGUGCAUUUUUGACUUGGAGUUUAAACCAGCCUCAGCUUCAUCUUUGACCUGCAGUAUUAACAUUGGACAACAUGUACAGGACUAUUGUAAACCUAGCAUCUCAGCACAGCUCUGCAAACUGUAGGAGGCGUAUAUUACAGAUCUCCAAAAUAUUCAAAGCUUCCUCUGAAUCUGGUGACACCCCUUUUGUGUGCAUGGCUGUUUCGGCUCAGAAAUAAAAUAGAAUAUUAUGCAAACUAAAUCGAUGGUUAUGCAUUGCACACAAAUUGAGUAUUAGCACUUUUUGUGGGGCCUGGGUUGCUUGGCAGAAAGAAAUGUACAAUUCUGGAUACAAGCUUGAAUUUGCAAGACAGCUUAAUUCAGUUCAACCUGCAGUACAGGAAACAUGCUAAUUGAUUCUAAGCUAGUAAAGAAAGCCAUGGACCUGCAUAAAAGCAUAGUCUUUGUAUGCACUGCUUUAGUUUCAAAUAGCUUUGAAACACAAGGAAACUUCAAAGGGAGUUUUGAGAUGCAAUGCAAGGGAAAACCUGGGAAGUGUCACUAGGUUCAUGCAACGUUUGUUGUAGCUCUGUAGGCUGUGGCCACUGACAGGAGAGGAUGCCAGAAUUCACAUUUUUAUUAAUUGACGUGCAACUAAAUAAUACAUUAAAGAAACUUAAGGCAUUGAGUAAAGUAAUUAACUGAUUUCAGAACAACUUUCUUGAGCCAUUUGUCUACAAAUAAUAAGCACUUUCUGAAUGUUGUUUCAUGAACUUAUCUCUUCAGAUCGGUGGGAAAGGACAAGAAGGCUAUUCAGGCAUCAAUCAGACGCAAUAAAGAGACCAAUACCGUUUUGGCCAGACUGAAUAGUGAAUUACAGCAGCAAUUAAAGGUAAAUGACAUUUUAAAAAAAUUAAACACACCUUUUUUCUGCACCAGAUCUUUUGAUUGGUUACCUUUUGAAGGCCGUAAUCUUCAACUUUUCUAAAGUAAAAAACCUUUUAUCCCAGCUUUCAACAUAGGCCAUAUUUCUGAUCACACCCCACCCCAAUUUUUGGGCGAUUCUGCAGCUUCCUUCAUGAAGCAAAGGCAGGAUUUUUGUUUUGGUUACUGAUAUGAGCCAAGUGUCUGCUAUUUUAGUCUUCUUCCCCACCCCCCAGACACAUGUGCACACUUUCCCCCUUAAAAACCGCAGAAAAUAAGUUGAUUUAGAUUUAGAAGAAUUCUCCAUGGCUAUUUAUAUAAAAUUAUUACAUAGUGUUGAGGAUGUAAUAGAGUUUUAACGUAUUACAAACAUUUGUGCUAGCCUAUAGUAAAGAUUACUGUAACCAUUCCAACUAAAUGUAUGUAUGUUUAUCGUGGUAUCUCUUCAUUUGUUUUAUAUAAAUGGCAAAUCUUUCCUUUGUAGGAUGUUCUUGAAGAGAGAAUUUCGCUGGAAGUUCAACUGGAGCAGCUUCGACCCUUCUCUCACUUAUAAGCCAAUUGCCAUUAACUGUGAAUUAAUUAACUCUGAAAGGGGAAAUUGGGUAAAAGGCCUAAUUAAAGACCCAUAUGUUCAGCUCAGUGCACUCUUAACAUUUUUUUGUGAUUGUUUUGUCCUCUGUCCACAGUUGUAUUUAAGUAACUUUUAUAAUUUUAAUACAAAGAAUGGAAUAAUUGUUUCCUUGAAUGUUCUAUAUAUUGGCACUGCCAACCUUCCCAUUUUGUUGGGAGGACACAUUUUUAAUUUGGAGCAAAGUUUGUACAGCUUCAGUGGCCUAGAUCCCAAACUGAACUUGAUUACCUUAUGAAUUUUCUAUAUUUCAUGUCAAAGAUCAUGACUAAAAAACAUCCCAGAUAUCUACUUUUUAAACACAGAAGCACAUGCUUUUACACACCUUUCUUUUGAUUGUGUAAGAGAAGGUUAACCAGCUGUGGUCAUCAGUUUUUCCUUUCCUGAGUCACACUUUGCAACCCAUCUGAAAUUUCAGGCAGCCAUUUUGAUUCAUUUUGCGCCUUCCAAGUGCCACAAAUACCCUAUUUUUUGUUUUCAUACUACCUUGCCAUACCAAAUGCAUUUGGUUGUCUUUUCCUCUUUAUGUACUUUGUAUGUGGCCACAGCUUGACAUUUGUUUCAAUGUUUCCAUUCAUGACUGUCAUUUUUCAGCAUGCACGUAAGUGCAUACCUUCUGUGAAAGGAUUGGGUGUUGAUCUCUCUGCCAUGCACAUUUCCUGAACACCACCCGUAGUUGCAUGCUUUGCACAUUUACCCUUUUAUUAACUGGCACAUCCAACAGACUUUACUGUAACACACUAUGGUCAAUAAAUGUGUCAGUACCUCAACUCUUCUUUCCCAGUCCCCUGAAAACUAUUUUUGUUCCUGAGAAGGUUCGCUUCAUCUCUCCAAGCCUUAUUCUUCUGGCUUGCAGACAGGCUUCAUUAACACAGUUUCCUGAGUGUAUCCUGCUAUUCAGGUUGAUGUACUGUAUUAGGAUUUGUUGUAUAUUGUAUAAUACACACCUUUUGAUCUCAUAUGUAAAUUUGCAUUAAUGCUGACUAACAGCAGAUAUUCUAUUUAAUGGCUUAUUCUGGCUGUGGGAUCAUAGAUGUUAAACUGCAUGGAUGUAUCUCAGCAGAAUCAGAACUAGCAAUUGUGUGAUUUUUACACCAAUAAAACAGCACAAUAUUUUAACUUGGGUGGAUCCUUUUAGUUUGGCUUAACAAACUGAAUUAGGUUGCUUUUUUUCAUGAGCCUGCAAAUAGGAUUUUGCACUGAGUAUUUGGUUAUGAAGAAACCAUAAUGCUAAGACUACUUUGGCCACCAUGUUGGCCAAUUGGCUUGCCCAGCCAGCAGAACAAACUUAACACUCACACAACAGGAUUCCUCCCCUUCCCCUCCAGAGUAGAUUUUGGUGGCAUGUGGAGCUGAGUAGAAAGGGAAGUCCACUUAUGUGCUAUGGGAGAUUUAUCACCCUAAAUCAAACAUUAGGGAAAAGUCAAACAAAAUAAAAAAUUCAUGGUAUGUGUCAAAGCAGGAAAGAGACUCAAAGCAAAGAGUGAGAAAGAAUAAACAUUUGUAACUGCAUGCAUUAAUAGACAUCUAACAACACACUAACAAUUUCUAUCUACUGUACAGCAAGGAGAAAUACUAAGUCACAGCAAAUGUACUUUACUGUAGACAGGGGCAGGGAACUAGGUCUAGCCAUCUGGAUCUCUGGCUUCCCCCAUGCUACAGAGGAAAAUUCAAGCCUAAAUAGGGUUUGAAGUUCCCACCAAUCAUCUGAUCAGUGCUGACUUCAAGCUCCACUUUCUGCAAGGGGCAGCUACACAGCUGAUCCCAGCAACUUUGAAGUCAUCACCUGUCAGCUCUGUUUUCUACUGAUGCACUACUAUCUACAAAAUUCUCAGUGGGGGGAACUCAGUAGCACAACCAAUCCCAGCUGGCUUGCCAAGGUGCAAUCAGGAGUGCACUAUUAAGGCUCCGGAUUGUGUGUUGGCAGUUUUGUGUCCAUUUGGCCCUCACCAGACAUCACUCAUGACAUUAAGUGUCAGGGAAACAGCCCCACUGGCUAAAUGAGGCCCUUGGUCAGCCUGAUUUCCCCAUGUCUGUUGUAGACACUGAACGGUUAUCUUUUUCUUUUGGGAGCUGCAUGACAGUUACAAGCGGCAGGAAGGUGAGGUAGUAAAUAAAGCUGGGAAAUUUCAAGAACAAUUUACAUUAUCUUCAAUAUUGCAGAUAAUUGCCCUUUGCAGUGCAGAAAGCCAUAUAAACUUGUCAUGGUCCUCUGUAGAACAAAUCAUUUGACACCUGGGACUUUGCAGAAGAAAAGCAUUCUUGAUAUCUGUAAAAAUAAUAAUAAUCUGAUUUCUGAAAGAUUAUAAAUAAGGAUCAGUUUUCAAGCUAAGACAGGAGAUCAUGUAGCAAUAUGUGCAGUGGUGAAAGCUUGACCCAUUUAUGGUGUUCCAUGCAUUGCAUUCCCUCCAGAAAUGGUGACCUGUAAAGCAGGCCUUGUUGCCAUUCAGUAACACCUUUCUUAUCCCACUACUCAAUUAGUAUUGCACUUUUCCUCAUCCCUGGUUUUCGUCUGCAUGCAGAUACUGAAAAAGGGAAGUUUGUACAAAGUGGUUUGUUUUUCAAAGUGAAUCAUUCAUUGACCAGCAAAUGCAUCUUUCCACUGCAGUGAAUAAUGUGGAGAUUUACAGCACUCUGUGUUAUUUCUGACAGGCAUUGUUAUGUUACCUGUGUUAACACAGUUUGUACUCUUGCAUUGCCCUGAGUUCUUCUGAUGGAAGGGUAAUUCACCAGAGGCUCCUGGAGGGCACAGAGCACCUUUGGAAUGGAGACCCCUACCAUAGUCCACAGGCAGAGCCAUGCAAACUUCCUUCCUCCUGCAGGAGGAGCCAACACCAUCUCCCAGACCAGCUGUACCAGUGAGCCAAUAGCCAGGGUCUGUUCACUUAUUAAGAAAAAAUUAAGCCCCUAAUUGUUUUGCUAACCCCUUCUGUCCUUUAAAUAGAGGGAUUACUGGGGCCGCUCAGCAUCCGUUAGAAUGGCAAUAGCCUGUCCUUGCACAGAGUUUUGAGAAGUUUGCCUGGAGCAGCUGCUUCCACAGAUAAUUGCUGAUUUCAAGGCAUUCAGAAAGGUUGUUGUCUAUACUUCCUGGUAUAAUAGUUCUUUCCCCUUGGAUCUAAAGAUACUGAGCAGCUAUCUUUCCUAAACAUGCAUUCGGAUUGUGGACCUCACCAUGCAACAUUCUUAGGUAUUUGUUUUCUUGGUUUUAAAGUAAGCAAGCACUUGGAAUGCCUUAAGACAGUAAUGGAGACUUUCCAGCAAAGGAAUUCUGGAGCUUCUGUGGAUCUCUUAGAAGCAUAUGAUAUAUUUUUUCCAUCUCCAGAAGCUCUGUGGAAAACUAGGAUGGGUUUCUGAGGACAACUGUCAUUAACACAAGCUCCUAUUGCAGAAUUCAUCUGCUGUUAGGCAAUCAGCUUUGGCAGAAAAAUAUACCAUCUCAUCUGCACUCGAUACACAUUAACCUCUAUUUCCCUAACUAUUGCAACUGGUUUUAAUUUUAACAGAAGCUCAAGAAUAUCCAGGUGACCUUGCAAUGCUAGCUAAGUAUUUGGUAUGGGGAGUCAUUUUGUUACAAUAUUACAAUUUUAAUUUGAAAUACAUUUUUUUAAAAUAUCCUGACAGAUUUUGUGCCAUGUUUAUAUCAUUUUAGGGUAGGGGAAAACUCACAUUUGGAAUCUGGAAUAUCUUCAACCAGGAGUUGGUGAAGUGUUACCACUGCCAAGAACUGGUGAGUAACGUGUGAGAUACGUUCGAAUGGCUUGUAAGAGAUGCUGCGCUGUGAGAUAACAAGUAUAUCGUUGAAAAGGAAGAGGCUAAGAUCAUGGGUGUGCUCAUACAGCCUGCCAAAAUUGAAAACAAAGGAUUAGUCUUCCAUGUUAGACUUCAGAGAAACUAACACAGAUAUUAAUCAGUAGUAUAUUAAGCUUUUGAAAAUGUUUAAUGAAAAAAAAAUGAAAAAAAAUCAGUAACCCUGUACUUGUUAAAGUGCAACUCUUAAUUCAGUGUGCUUAUUUUGUUGUUGUUUAGUCGUUUAGUCGUGUCCGACUCUUCGUGACCCCAUGGACCAGAGCACGCCAGGCACUUCUGUCCUCCACUGCCUCCCGCAGUUUGAUCAAACUCAUGCUGGUAGCUUCAAGAACACCAUCCAACCAUCUCAUUCUCUGUCGUCUCCUUCUCCUUGUGCCCUCCAUCUUUCCCAUCUUUCCCAACAUCAGGGAACAUUUAGUCUCAAGCUAAUUUUUCUUCUAAUUUUUCAGUUUUAAGCAUUAGAACUUGUCCUGCAACACAUUCCUGAAAGUAAUGGCUCUUUCUUAGGGGAUCAAUCAAUAAGCCAAUGGCUAAUAAAAAUAUAUUUUUUUUCUGUUAGAAGGAAUGAUCUCUGGGCCACUGAUACAAUUAAAGCAAUACCCAGAGGUAAUUAGAAGGCAUUAACCACAGAGUGUCCUGUCCCACCCAAAAGCUUAGACUUGAUUGCCGGUUAGUUCAUCAUUAGCACUGUUCAUUUCUGCGGAAAGAAUUCACCCAGUUUUGUGCAAAGAAAGAAAGAAAUCAAUGCAUCUAAGCGGUAGGUUCUCCUUUAUUAACUGAAGAAUUCAUGUGCAAACAAUUCAUAAACAUAACAGUCCUCAGCUACAAAUAAUAAACUAUGCAAAACAGAUUUAGCAACCAGUCAUUGAAAGGCAUCCUUCAUUUUUCUUCCUCUACCCUCCUAUUAUUUUAUCUGUCUGUUUACCUGAAUGACAUAUGGACUCUCUCUGAGCAGCAGUUUAGCUGGGCUACAUCUUGCAUCGCAAUUAGAUACCUAUUGGCUUUCAGUAACUUCUGUGGAUUAAACAUGAAAAGAUUUAAAAAUAUUUGGAUAAAGUUUGAUUAUUUUUGUUUGGUUGUCCUCGGUUGCUGAUGUAUGUUAAAUCACACACUUCUGUUAAACAUCAGGAGGAAUUUUAUACAUCUCCCUUUACCCCAAUGAUGUGCUUUGUAUCCACGAAGGCACACAGUUUCACAGACAAAAAUUGCCUAUGCAGCAUAUUCUAUCUCCUAGAUAGAAUCUCUCUUCCCAAAUGCAUUUGAGUUCACUAUGCCAUAGCCGUGUGUUCUUUUAAUACUUAUCUUGUGCUUCAUUUUUGAGGAAACUACUACUUUUACAAAAUAGUUACGUUUCCUUUGUUAUUCACAAGCACAACCUACUCCAUGGCAAAUUAUUCUGCCUUUAUCACACAAAUACAUGCAUUUCCUCUAUAUCACACUACGUUUGUCUAUACAAAGUACUUACAGGACAUCCUUGGAUGCGUCUUUGUGUAGUUAAUAUCUGAUCAUCUCUGCCAACGUUCAGUUUUAGCUAGAAUUUUAGUAUGGUAAACAUAAGGUGAGUUAGCUUCUCAAGGAUGAAGAUGAAAGGAGAGAUCUUAUCUGUAAUGCUCUUAGCCAAACAUCCUUCAAGGGUGCUCCCAUAGGUUGUUCCUCAUUUGCAAGAUGCCCUCUCUGGUGAGAUGUGUCUUGUCUUACUCAUCAUUAACUUUAUGGAGGAACUUUUUUAAAAAAUAAAUGUUUACUCAGGCAUUUGAUGGCUGAAAGAUGCUUUUCCUGGCAACCUUGAAGUAAUUAGUUGUGAGGGUGUGUGGAUGUUUUUAAUUGUAUUAUUUACGAUUUUGGUGUUUGCUGCCCUGAGCCUCUCUGGGAGGGAGGGCAGGAUAAAAAAACCCUCCAACAUAUCCUAUCUUCCUGUUUGCGACAUUUAAGGUGGAGAGAGGAAACUUAGGUCCUCAAGACUCCAACACCCAGCAGCUCCAGCGGCAUCUGGAGGAGCCACAAGCUCCCCAUCUACGCCUGCUGCCUUCAUUACAUACCAGGUGCCAGAUGAAAAAAUUUCUAUAUAACCAGGCCUUGAGCUGAAUUUUAUGGCCUUUUAAAUGUGUUUGCGGGAGGGGGUUAUUGGUUUGUUUUGGUCCUUUUUUAUUAUGUAUUUUGUGUUCUCAUUUUGUAUUUUUAUGUUGUGAACUGCCCCCUGGUAUAAUAAUAAUAAUAAUAAUAAUAAUAAUAAUAAUAGUCCAAAACCAAAACUUGAAUUAUGUUGGCUCUCCACAGUCACAGCUAUCCCAUGAGAGCGCUUGCUACUGAGUGCCUUAGUGAUCCAUGCAAGGUCGUCAUGCUAAAACAAACGUAGUAGACAAACCUGAUCUAAGUAAUCCUUGAACUGUUUCAUUUGCUUAAUUGCAGGAGUCAGCUCUUCACGGUCAGUGUGUUCUGGAGGAGUGUGAAGCCUCAGAGCAUACAGGAGCGUGAUGUACUCUUCAAUCCUCUUAGAUGGGCACAACAGAAAUUCUUGGAGGCUACGUGUUACAUAGAUGCACUUAAUCCAUGCUUUAAUUAGAAAAGUAGCAAAUUGCAUUGCAUGUCCCAAGACCAACAAAGGUAUGUCAAGCCAUAUCUUAGGGGCCUAGUGUAGCAGGUAAGACAUAGGUUCUGUGGGUAGGAGGUUCACAAGUCCAGGAAGUAAGCAGUUUGCCUGUUCUCGAUGAGGUUGCACUCUUUUUGAAGGGACAGUUAUGUUGAAGAAACGGGUGGCAGGGAACCCUUAGGCCAUGGGGUAAAAUGCAGCCCUCUAGCCCUCCAUAUAGGGCACUCUAAACUCUCCUCAGGCCAUGUCCUUCAUGCGCCCUGCUUCACACCCUCAAUGUUUUUGCCUGGCUGGAAUGUACCUUUGAACUCAGAUAAUGCCUCUUUGCUUGUCUAGAUGGAGAAUAGAGACAAGUGUGUACAUAGUAACUAGCCUACUGCACAAAGGUAAAAUGUACAUAUGUUGCUCUGCCCAUUUUUGCCUCUAGCAUAUACAAAACACCCAUGCUUUGGCAGUGUCCUCCUUCCUAUUUUAAACUACAAGACUUUACCUUCUCAUAGUAGUAGCAACAGUCUUGUCAUGUCUCUUCAGAAAGGCACGAAAUACUGGAAUAGUCUCCCUGCACUGUGAAAGCAAAAGGUUUUGACCAUCAGUGUGAUGUAAUCCAUAAAACUACGGACCAAAUAAGGAGCAAACAGCAGCAUUUCCAUAACCCAGUUCUGUGGGCUGCUGUGGAAUACCUUGUCCUUUGCCUCCAGCACUGAGGCAGACUUGAACCUUAGACUCCGGCUCACAGUGGUGUUAGCAUCUGGCAAGUAGCUGCUCAGUAAAUAUGGGCAGCUCAAAAACAUUUUGGUAAGGCUGUGAAGCUGCAGGCACCUCUUGUGCUUUGGGGUUUAGUCAAUGUUAGUUUUACAAAAUGCAGACCCACUGAGAUUAAUGGACAAGCCUAAUUUAGGCAAGUUAAAAUGUAGUUGGGUACAACACUUAGUUUCCCUUUCAAUAUUGAAAGUUGAGGCUGGUGAAGCCCUUUCCCACGAUGCACCUUGAACUGUUGUGACACAAAUCCUCGGGAGGAUAGGGCUCUGAGAUGCCAGAUUGACAAGGCUGAGUGGGAAGGGAACUUCCAAAUUACAUGCUUUGUGCACAGAUUACUGGGCUAUUGCACUCCAGUAUUCCCAACCCCAUAAUAUCAUACAGUAGAAGAACACAGCCUAGGAUCAUCCUGGAAACUGCAUCAUGUUAAGACUAUCUACAGGGCAUGGUGGGCAGAAAGCAGUGAAACAAAUACAGGCAUGUAAUCCAGUUUGCAUAAGGUAACUUUAUUAUUUUCCUGAUUGCAUCUAAUUUUUAAUGAUGGAAAAUAUACCAAUUAAUAUAAAAAUAAGAACUAAAAUCACAAUAAAACAAGACUUACUCAAAAUUCAGAUCUCAUUAAUUUUUAAUAAACAAAC